CGUGUAUUUGAGAUCGUUUCGGACCUUUCUUCUUGUUAUGCUGUGAGUUAGAAUUAAAAAUGAGCAGAGGCCUCUUAUCAGGUACGUUAGUUUUCUUCUGAGGUCAGUUUUGAAGCAAAGAGCUUGGAGAAUAAUACAAGGUUUUUCAUGUUGUCAUUUUUUCCUGAUCUUUUAUCGGUCACUUUCUUUCUUCUAGGCCUAGAGAGAGCUGAGAAAGAUCCAUACAAGGGAUGGAAAACAAACAACUUUCAAGCUGAUUCACCAGAGAACGAGUAUGUAUCAGCAUCAAACAGAAAAAUUUAAAAUCUUCCGUCGAAGUUAAGAUUGUUGAAGCAUAUUAAGGCCAUCAUAUUACUUGUUUUUACAUCUACAAUGACGUGUUAUCCUUGUGCCCAAUUUAAAUUUCAUUUUCUGUUUUGCUUUGUCUUUGUAUUGAAAUAACUGACAAUUUGAAAACACAUUAGUUUAUAACUUACACUUAACAAAUAUGUAGCCUGUAAUGCAGGCGUAUUUUUGGGCGAGCGAAAGAUGCUUCCGUUGUUUAUGUUCGUAAUUCCGAGCCCGCCAUUUUUUAUAUUUUAAAUCAGAGGAAGAUUGGGGAGAAUAGAAAUAUGGGGAAGGGGUAAGGCCAUCCCCUUUUUUUUUUUCGUUUAGCGUCUAAUGCAUUUCCUGAUAUUGGGUCGGUCAGUCGGAUUGAAAAAAAAAAAAACCUAAAAAAAAAAUAAAUAACAAGAAGUCUCAGAAGAGGAGGCCCUGGUACCCCAGGAUGACGUUAAAAGUUAACAUUUACAUAUGUGGAUUAACAAAAUGCACAGUGUACUGUAAAAACUGUUCCUGUUUCUGUUCCUGUUUUGCUCUACACUGUUACUAUGCUCAUUUUUCAGAUUAGAAGAAUUAUUGGCUGAAAUGUUUUUUGGCCUACAGCCGACGAUCAAACAUUUUUCAUUUUCAAAAGUGCAGAAUGAGCAUGGAAUUUUGUUGUUCGUUCGCCAGAAGUUGGCCUGAGAAUUAUUAAUUAAUUAAGUUUUAGGCACCUGGUCGGAUUCCUUGUUUAAAAUUUUGGUCGCCCACGGGCAAAUCGUAGGCGCCUCUGGCAACCAGGCGCUCAUUAGGCGCCGCCUUGAUAUACUGCUCAGAACGGAUUUGACUAUAAAAUGGAUGGAAAAAUUUGAAAAUCUCCUUGCUUAUAUAAUGGCUGAUUGGGAUGGUGCUCAUCUUAUUAUGAAAGACUUCAACAUCGAUUUGCUUGACUAUCAUUCAACAAGAACUGUACAGUACAAGAAGAUGUUAAAUUACUUCAAUCUCCAUUAUCAUGUCCAGCAGCCUACAUGUGUCAAAGACUAAUACACUUACUAAUAGAUCAUGUUAUAUCAAAUGUUUCAAAUCAGAUUACUUAGACUAAUGUUCUGCCUUGCUCGAGUGUCAGUGACCAUGAUACUCCAUACGUUUGUAUUAACAUCUGUGUUAAGCGUUUUCAACCAUGCUACAAGAUGAUCAGAAAUGAAAGGGAAUUUGACGAACAAAAUUUUCUCUAGGAUUUUUCAAAACUGCCCUUCAAUCUCAUCUGCAGCACAGACAACAUUGAUGACAAGCUGGACUUAGUUAACUCAUUGUUCACCACUUGUCCAGACAGACAAAAUGCCCUGUUAAUAGAAAGAAGGUUUAAGUUACACGUCCUCCCGCACCAUGGUUUUAAUCAGACGACAUCCACCACAGGGCUCAAAAUUAAAAAAAAUCCUCAGUUCGCCUGAUGGCGACCAACUGGAGAAAUAUAGUCGCCAGAUGCAAAUUUUUACUUGCCAGUUUGUGUAAUGUAUAUGACGCAGCUCAUAGUAUGGCGCGAUCAAGACUUUACUAACUAAUGAAAAUUUGAUUAGUUAGUAUACACAUGUAGGCUUGAUGAAUGUAGAGCUAAGUCAUCAAUAAACCGUUAUUAUUAUCAUUACUUUUUUUAAAAAAUCUAACUGCUCUUUCGUCUUUCCGUCUAAUUUUAUCAUAUAUCACAUACAGUGUACUGUAGGGCUUUUUGUAGAGUUAUAUAAUUUGAAUCAGUAUUAAUACAGUGUUGUUUUGCCUGUAAGCCUCUUGAUCAAAGGUGAUAAUGAUGAUUGAUUUACAUUAAACCUUUUGUUGGUCAAAAAAAGUAACAAGUGUCUUGAAACUUGCCAAGUUACAAAAUUGAUUGUGGGAUAGAAACCUGUAUGUAUUAUGGAAAGUGAAAUGUACCUCUAUAAAUAAUUGUUUUCAGUUUAGCAAACACACAAUGGGUCAUGAUUUUAUUUCUACUUUAUUUUUGGUGACCUACCCUCUAAUUUUUGUUUCUGCAUGACUUUUGCUAUGCAUUAUCUCACUGGGAGCAAAGUUAGUCAUUCCUAGAUCUCUGUCAUUGUCAUCAAGUUGCACAUCUCUUUCUUUGCACUAAGCUAAUCAAUGGCUUGUAACAGUAUCCCCUCCCCUCCCCUCCCCUCCCACUGGUCUCAAUGUUGCUGAGUACAUGCGGCUUCCUGAAGUGAAGACUUACUCGAGCUUACGACCUUGUUUGAUGAUUUACAUUGCAUCAAUUGUUUAUUCUAAAAGCACACUAUCCAAUAUUACAGUAUAACAUUUCACCACAAACAACCAAGAAUAACAUUUUCAGGGGGUAACCUCCUCCACAGGUUCCAUUGUCAUGUUUCAGAGAACGGAGAGUGGCAGUUUUUUCUCUUUUUCUCAUUCUCAGUUUCCUCACGGUCAGUGUAAACAUCACCAUUGGAGUUGCCUGUGGAGGAGGCUAUUCAAGGGGACGGGCAGCUGUUUUUGCCCUUGGGGAGUGUGGAGAGGAUUUUGCUGUUGCCAAUUAUAAAGUGGAUGUGCUUCGCAUGCGUGAUUUUUGAGAAAUUAUAGACAAGCCAAGGCAGAACUGUUUGAAUAACGUUUCUGUAUUAAGUGCAAAACCAAACUGCAUAUUUCUUUCGUAGCUUUUGCAGCACUUUUCUGAAAUUAUCAGAUAAUGGUGACAUUCUUGCACAGAGCCUCAAUUAUUUGUAUGUUUAUGCUGUUUUUUUCUUGCAGUGAAGUUUGUUUACUUGAUGAUGACAAUGAUGAUGAGAGUAGUUCUUCAUACAGAUCAACUAAAUGCCUCUCAGAUGGCAACAGAAAUCCAAAUGUAUGAGCUAGUACAAUGUAUUUUUAAUUAAUUACUGUCAUAAUUUGCAUUUAUUACAUGCACAUGUAUCCCUGGGAACUUCUUCUUGAUGCAUUUGAAAGGGAAAAGAGUUGUAUCCAGAAGCUUGCUGUUAUGUUUCUUAUUGAAAGAUGUUAUUGUUUAUUUUUAAGAUAAAUUAUGAUUAAUCACUAGUGAGAAUUAAACCAUAUAACCAGCCAUGGUGCUGCUACAUGUAAUAAUCAGGCAAUCAACACCAUUGCUUGAUAUUAACCGGCGUGCAAAGAAAGUAGUGUCCGAUAGCCUGGGGCUAGUGGACUUUGCUAUUGGGCUAGUGAAUUCUGUUUUUAACUUGCCCAACGGGCAAGUGAUGUUUUUUGAGGAAUUGGAAUAACAGAAGAACUUUGAAAGCAAUUCUGCUCGUCAAAAAGCUUUUGGGGCUAGUUGAAGUGACAUCUGGGCUAGUAAAUGCUAGCUUCAGUUUGCCCGAAUGGCAAGCUGUAAAAAUGAUUUUCUUUGCACCCUAUUAACCAACAGUAAGUAUGGUUGGCAUCAGUUUUAAUUUGUGUUGCUGUUCUAAAUACGCAAUGUAUCAAACAUGCAAACAUGGGGGGGGGGGGGGAGAAGGGUACUGGUACUAAGACGCAUUUACCUUAGCACAACAUUUCACAUAGAUUGAGGACUAUCCUGUUUGGCUUAUCAAGUUAUUUUACUCAUGAACUGUCCACUGUUUUGACAAUUAGCUUUUGUACUUAAUGCCAAGAACGGUACAAGCAUGCUUGUGUAAGUUCAGGGCCCAGCAUCUUAUAGCCCAAAUUGCAAUAUAGCUUUGCUAGCAACAGUCAUACUGUAAGUAGCAGCAUUUACUAUUUCGGAUUGCUUGAUAUUGGCCAAUGAUAAGCAUUCAAUAUUGCGUUUAAGAUUAAUAUUACUAUUAUCAUGCUAGGAAUUGACUAAGCUACAUGUAGCAUAAACUUACAAUUUUUUCAGCAUUUUGCUCCCUAAAGAUACAGAUCUGCACGUAUACAGUUUUACAUGUAGGUUGGUUAUAAGGUUUUAGAUUGAUAAUUUGAACUUACUUGAAGCACAAAGAGUUAAAUUAGGUUUUGCAGGCAAAAUCAUUUCUUACAUGAUUGUACAUGUUUUUUUGUAUACAGUAAGUGUUGUCUUCCUCUUGUGCAAAGCAUUUUUUGCCGUCUUAAUCAAAUUUUGACGUGGAUAUUGUGGAUCAAUAUAGGUUUCUGAGAAACUGCCCGCCUACCCCUCCCCUGAGCCAACAUUUUGCCCCUAAGUGAGAAGUGUUAAUGUUAUCUUAGGGGAGGGGUAGGUGGGCAGUUAAUUGAUCCUUGUCUUCUUCAUUUUUUUUUUUUGUCAUAGGACUUCCAAGCCAAAGACAAUUCAUAUACAAUUCCAAGAAAAGUAAAUGCUCCUUUUGACAAGGCAAAGAAAGGUAGCUCCUGGUUCAACAGCUCAUUCAACGAGAAAGACCACACACCAUCAAGAAACUGCCAUACAAGAAAAGUUAACACACGAAUGACUCAAAGGAAUGAAAUUGGAUACCGGGUGAUGAGACAAGGGCAGUUGGGCAGGCUUAAUAAAACUCCUUCAUCACGGUGGAAACAUGCAAGUCCACCGGGAGAGCUUUCUGCUUUGCGCAACAAACCAUCAAUAUCACAACAAGAAAAGAUUUUAUCAUGUCAAGGUUUGUAAUAGGGUCUGUGAGAUUUAGACUUUUCACAAGUUGCAUUUCAGGCACAUACAUGUAUAGCUCAGCUGGUACAUGUAGAGUGGCUCUUAAUGGAAACGUUUCUGGUUUGAAUUGCAGUUAGUCCAUCACAUGGGCUAAUGCUACUGAAACAAUGCCCAGAGGUCAUGACAAACCAUCUGUAACAAUUGUUUGGUUCUGUGAAAAUACAUGGGAACUCACCUCUUUAAAUAUUGUCAAAGUCAUAUAAUGAAUUUUUUCUUAGCACUGAAAGCCAUAAACCAGUAACGCAAAAUGUGCUUUGGGAACGAUUUAAGAUGGUGGACAAUAGAAAACUGAUAGAUGCUUAACAACGUUUUAUGUAGUUUUGAGUGAGGAACACAGACCUGCCUCACUGGGAAAUUUAGGAGCUAAGUUCUCUGAAACAUUAUUCCCUCAUUUUUAAGACCUAUUUUUAAGCAAAUCAAACUGUUGUGAUAUUAUUAGACAACAAUUUAAAAUGUUUGAUUUCAAUAAUUUUAGCGGUGUCUUAAAUGUUCUCUUUCCAAGAUGCGUGGCCCAUAAUAUAUACAGUAAAAUUCCGAAAAUAAGCCCCUCCAUGUAUAAGCCCCUACAAAUAUAGGCCCCCCAAAAUCGUAACACAAAAAACCCUCCGUUAAAUCGCCCCUCCAAAUAUAAGCCCCCCGGGUGGCUUGUACUUGGAAGUUGCCCUCGAAUACAAAGUAGAACAAAGCAAAAAUGGUAAAUUUCCUUUCCACUACAAGCUAGCCCAACCGAUUUUAUAACGCAAAUUUCCCUCCGUACAUAAGCCCCUCCAAAAAUAAGCCCCUCAAUACUUUUCCAUAAAUUAUACUGGUAUUCAUUUAUUCAUUUCCAUGUGAGAAUCAGAUCGGAUCGCAAGUUGAGUAGUUUUUAAAACUACUAAUUUAAUUAUAGUAAACUUUCAAGCGAUUGCAGACAGUAAGAAGUUUUGCUUCAGCAGCGUGCAGAGAAAGUAGUGUCUGAUAGCCCGGGGCUAUUAGAUUUUUGUAUCAGGCUAGUGAUUUCUGUUUUUAACUUGCCCAUCGGUCAAGUGAUAUUUUUUGAGGAAUUUGAAUAACAGAAGAACUGUGAAAUCAAUUCUGCUAGUCACGAAGUCUUUGGGGCUAGUUGAAAUGACGUCUGGGCCAGCAGAAGCUAGCUUCAGCUUGCCCAAAUGGUAAGCUGUAAAAAUGAUUUCUUUGCACCGUGUUCAGGCACUAAAAUUUACUGGUUACUGCCUGAUAAGGAGAACACUGCAUGGGUUAAAUGUCUAUGUAGUAGUGAGUUCAACUGGUUAACGCAAUCCCAAAGAUUAAAGAGGUACAAUAUUUUGCUUGUCCAAUAAAUUACAGUAUUGUUUCUUUUUUAUUUUGCAGUUCAAGAAGCAGACACUUCUGAAAAAUGCAAUGGAUUUGAAUCAGAGAAUACCGCAAGAACAGCAAACACUUUUAAUUCCUUAAAAGAAGAACAAGAACAUAGCAGAUCAAUGUUAGAUUGUAUCAUGCAGGGAAGUUCUAAGAAAAGUCUCAGUAACACUGCACUGAAUAAAGAUGAAAAUACAAGGACUGAGUCAACAAAUUCAGACAUUAAUUUGACAUUAAAAUCGAGUUCUCCUGAACCUCAUGACUCUCUAACUUCAUCAAAAGAUGCCUUUUCAGAUGAUAAUUAUGAUGAUGCAUUUAAAGAACACUGUACAAAAUGCAUGACAAGACUUUCACAGGAUAGUAUGUGCCCAGCUUGUAAUAAGGAUAUAUUUCCAUCUCAUGCGGCAACACCACGGAAGCAUCUCUCACCUGGUAGAUUUUAUUCAUCCAAAAAGGUGCGAACAUAUCCGGGUACUAAAAAGUGUGGGACUGGAGUUCCUCGUUUAUGUGCAGCACCAGAUACAAAGCCCUCUACCACUAAAAAAUCUGUUGGUUCGAGCCAAGCAACCUCUGGGAGAAAAAAAAGAAAGAAUCAAAGAAAAGUGAGUUGAUUUUACUUAGAGGUGUCUGAAGCAUCAUUUUUCCAGGAAAGACUCAACUGUUGAGAAUGUACACCUGUAUGGAGCAAUCCUUAUUACAGUCAAAGCUCUCCUUGUGACCACCCUCAUAAGUAACCAGCUCUAUUUACAACCACUUUUGUUAAACCCCAUUUGAGCUCUUGUAAGCGAUCGUGGCCACUUUUUGGAUUACCCAACUGGCCUUUCCCUUUCCCUAAUUAUAAUUUCCACAUUUCUCAUUUUCAUGUUUGCUGACCAGUUGUUACUUGUGGAUGUGUUUUCUCAGCUGUACUAUCUAACUUAUGCCAAAAAACAUCAAUGGCGGACUUCCAUUGUAAAUUGUUAAGGUCUUGAUAAAGAGUCGAUAAUAUUGAUUUGACACAGCAAUUUAAUUUAUCAAUUUUCACCAAUUUUUGUUAUCAAUCGAUAAAAAUCACUUGAUUGUUGCUGAUUUUUAUCAGUAAGGAUUAAGUUUUUAUUGUUUGACUACUCCGGUAAUGGUUACAUAGUUUUUCAAGAUACUGUUCAGGGUUGUCAUUAAGAGCCGGGGGCCGGGGAUUUUCCCCGGAUACUAAGAGACUGGCCCCCGGCUACUUUUAUUGGAAAAUAGAAGAAAAAUAGAACCAAAAGAAAUCCCUAGCCGUUGAUUCCCCGCCUACUUGUUGCAUUUACCCGGCAACUUGAAAUAUUAGUGACAACCCUGCUGUUGAACCUUUGGUUAGAAACUACCCAAAAUGCUUUGAUUAAGUGGUCACUUAUAAGAAUGAAACAACAGGAAUCUCGUUUAAGAAGAGUUCCUGAGACAUCUUCUUUGUGGAAGAUAAUAAUUUUGCAUGCAAUUUCUAAUUUACAACAUGCGUAGUUGCUUGUUGUCACCAACUUCUUAGGUGACUAGGAAAUCUUAGUGUUUUCAUUGAAAUCCAAUGCCGGGCACCCUUAAUUUCACAAGUUCAGAGCACCAGCAGGCACCCUUGAAUUUUUCUUAGGGCACAGCCUUGAGUAUGUACUGCAAACGUAGAGAUUAAUGAUUAAUAAUAUAGUAGUUAUAAUAAUAAUAGUAAUAAUAAUAAUAAUAAUAAUAUUUAUAGAGGGAGCCCAACUCGCCAAGGCGGUUUUCAGUGGGGCCCUCAGGCAUAAAUCUAACUAAUUAAUUAAUUAUUACGAAAAACUAAAUUAUGUUUACAAGUAAAACAAAUUUAAAAAUUUAAAAUCUUAAAAUCGAUUAUACAAAAAAUAUCAAGGUUUAAAAAUUAGCUGAGAUCUUUUAAAAAAGUUUUUAACUUGGAAAAAAGUUUUUAACUUGGCCUCAAGUAGUUAUAAUUAUUAUAACUACUAUCACCCCAAAAACUGGUUGUGGUCUCUUACCAGAGGUAAUUGUUUCAGAGAGGUUCCAACAACAGUGCUUUGACUAGGGAAGUUUUGGUGGUCUAUCCAGACAACCGCUUAUGGGAGGUGGUCGCUUAUAAGAGGUGGUCGCACAUAGAGGUUCGACUGUAGUAAAACAAAUUAGUGAAAAAUUCUGGUUAUUAUUUACCCACACAUAGUGUCUGUUUACCAAGGUUAGCACCGCCGUAGCCAGUAUAAGGCGAACCGAGGCACUCGCCUCGGUAAAAUUUUAUCAAAUACUGUCGAUUUUUAUUUUUUUUAUCAGACUGAUAAUAUUAGAAGAUUUCAUACGGCUGAUUUCGUACAACGGACCGUGUGUUCGCCUCGGUUGUAGUUUCUUCCUGGCUACGGCCCUGGUUAGGCUGUUGUUUUUACGAGUUAGCGUGGCUGAGUGGUUAGAGCACUGGAAUUGAUAUCACGUGGCCUCAAGUUGAAGUCCUGUCAUGAGCACAGGCUGGAUUUGUCGUCGGCAGUCCUGAGUCCAACUCAAUUAAUAACCUACUGGUUUGUUCCAGCUGGUUGGGAUUCUAACUCUGUUUUAUUUUGCCUCAUUUACCUUUUAUUAAUGAAUAAUUAAUUUAUUUGUUUAUAUUAAAUAUAUGCAAUUCAGCAGGCUAACACUUUUUGCUCUUUUUUUCUCUUUUAUGUUAUUUAAGUCACACAGCGAUGACUCAGAUCCAGGUAUGUUACUCUCAACAAUGCUGCCAUUAGUAUCAAAAAUCAAAGAAAUUUAUUGUAAAACAAAGACAAAUAAAUGGUUUAAAUGCUUCAAUCUGGAAUGACAUAAUGUUUUCUUUAAAAUCAGAUUUAGGUGGAAAUUACCUCAAACUGGUGAGAACAUUUUUUAUAAACCAAUAACAAAUUUGAACCAUGGCAGCACCAUUGAUUGGGUGCUGUUAUGAAAGUAAUGAUAAAAUUAGAAAAAUAAAUAAUUAAAUACGAAGAAACUCUUUAUUGUAAAUAUGAGUAAAUAGUCGAUUUAUCCCUACCAGGAAGCAAUCAAAAAGCAAAAAAAAUCAACAACGAAAUGCUGGUAGAAAUUACAAAAAAAAAUACAAGACUAAGAUAUUUAAAAUCUUACUAACAGGUGUCGCUUCAGUGACUUUAUUCUCUUCUACCUUUACCUCUUGCUUCUUCUCUGACAAGUUUGAAAUUUUGCUGAACAGGUUAAUUUUGACAGCAUGAAUUUUUAUUGUACAUACAUUGAACAUUGACUUUACUCUCAUCGAUUUAAUAUGAUUCAAGAGUUAACCAAAAAACUUACAACUUGAAGUUUCCUGUUAAUGCACCGAACACUUAAAGCAUAAUGCACUUUUGGGGUCCUUGUAGUUGAAAAAACGUCGUAUUUGUUAGAGAUCAUUCUUGAUUCUUUUGAAAGCUAUGGUAGUUUUAUUAAGUUUGUGUUUUUAAUCAAGAAUUAAUUAAUAAGAAUUCAAUGUACCCUUGUUGAAUCUGUAGAAUUUCAACCUGGAAAUAAAAAAAGAGGUGGCAAACAGUUGAAGCUUGAUGCAAUAAAAAAAGGUUAGUUACUGUUAAAGAAUAUUUUACUGUUAGUUAUUACAAUAAUUAGUCUAGACGUGAGUUGUUUUGAUACCCCUAUUUUUCAUUCUUUUUUUUUAACAGGGUGAGAUCAAAAUUCUAAAAAAAUUGCUUACCCCUCAGGCUAGUUAGCGGGGAGCAGUUGUGACGUUGCUCUACUCUUCAGGCUAGCUAGCCGGGAGCAGUUGUGACGUUGCCCUACCAAUCCCCCAUUUUCACUAAUAUUUACUAUUUCUCUUUAAAUGUUGCUUGCCAUACUUGUAAUUAAAGACAUAUUACCGACCGAUUACUAGAUCAGUCUUCGUACAACCCGACCUCUCACAAGGCUACUACUAUCCAGACUCUGACGAGAGGAGCGCAACUAGUUUGCGACUCACCUGGCAGCCUACAAGACGAGACUGAUUAUGUUAACAACGUUUUUAGUAAGAACAAUUACAACACGGACUUUGUUAGACGGAACACUCACAGUAACACUGAUUCCAACUCUCAGACCAACUCUGGCCCUGUUACGACAGCGACGAUACCGUACAUCAGAGGCACCUCUGAAACUAUUGCACGUAUAUUACAACCUUACAAUAUAUGUGUUGCGCACAAACCGAUAACCACUUUACGGCGACUGCUUACUAAUGUCAAGGACAAAGACAAACCGGAGGACAGACAGGGAGCAGUAUACAAGAUCAAAUGCUGCGACUGCCAGGCUUCUUACAUUGGUGAAACCUGCAGAAACCUAAGCAUGCGACUGACCGAACACAAACGCGCGACGAGGAAUGGUCGCGUCAACAAUCACAUUGCUGAGCACCAUUUAAAGACGAAACAUCAAAUUGACUGGGACUCUGCGACGUGUAUAUCGUAUUCUACAGACUACUAUCAACGUCUUACUUUAGAAAGCUGGUUUACUAACUUAGAACAAACACCACUGAAUCGUAGCCAACAGUUACCAGCGCCGUACAAACGACUUAUUGACGAGAUCAAGCAAAACUAACUACAAGAGAACAACUGGAGAACUGACAAUUUGACUAACAAUAGACGACUGUUUAACUGUGACAAUAGACGGAUCAAAACGCACCAAUUACUGAUUACGAGUCUUCAUAGCCAAUAACAUCACGGCUUAACUGGCAGACGACUAAUAACAUCGCGACAUAAUUGACCAAUCAGAUCAAUAACCAGAGUGUAAUUCCAUCAAAGGGCGUGAUACAACUCACUUGGACUCUGAAGAUGACUACUGCACAGGUUGUCAAAGCGUCAGUCACUGUCAACAACAACAGUCCUAUUCAGGACUAUGUUCACCCAGACGAUCAAACUCAACCUUUUGAAAUGACUCCUGGGUUCAAACCUUUCACAAUAAAGACAUACUAGCCCAAUUUGUCCCUCCUCCAGCCCCAAGCACUUUUGUUGUGCCUUGUUCCACCAAUGGAGACCCAGGGGCAGUCAGUUGGGUCAGAGAAAAAAGGCAGCGAAUGUCCCAGAGACUCUCUCGUCUGUUCUGGAAAACCUUCGCCAACUUAUUUCCGACCCAGCUGACUGCCCCUGGGUCUCUAAGGAUGGCCCUGUUCAAGUAUCAACACAUGGGAACUUUGAUCUGAGGCUUUGUCUUAUUCGUUUUAGUGGAUGUUAUUACUUUAUCUGAUGAAGAAGAGGUUAUAGGUAUGUUCUUACUGCUUAACUAACUGAUUGGUAAUGAGCCUAGUAUUAGAACUGUUUUGCAUUCCGCACAAGUUAUAGUGUUACAGAAGUGCUAAUUACAUGUAACUGCCUCGACGACAUUUUAAUGUAUAAAUAGGACCACCACAACCAGAAGGCAUAAGAAACAAAGUAAUAGAGCAGAAUACUGUACUUGGUUUUUCUGACUCACAGUCAAAGUCUGGUGUCACAACUUCAGUGUACAGAACUAAGCAGUUUACGGAGUACAGAUUAAACUGAGCCAGGGUUUUCAAAACGUUUUUAAGUAGAUGGCUGAGUUGUUAAAGUAAGUGGCCAGUCCAGGGAUAUUUUAUUUAAAAAAUGCCUUCCGUAAAGAAAUGCCAAGCAGAGUAGCCGGCCAAUACUAACCAAGUAGGUGGCGAUUUUCACUGGCAGCCGGCUACUUUUGACAACCCUGCUGGGCGUUCAAAAACUGAUGUGAGGCUUCGAUUUAACGACGGAUACAACAUAUUUCCAAAUCCUUAACUACGAAUUUAACAGAGAACAGUUUCAACUGAAUGGCAAAAACCAUGAGAAUGUGUGUGGAUUUUUAGGGUAUAUAUACUGGUCCACUCUUCUUUCACGCACAAAAUAACUAGCAACGAAAGAGGGAGAUAAACCAAAUUUAAAGGUAAUUUAAGGUAAUUGCAUUACCUUGCUACUUAACGUUACACAUUAGUCAUGUGAUUAUCAUACAUUCUACUCCAAAAACAUUACAUGAUGUAGAUUCCAAAUCCAUCUUUGGCUUUAAAAUUAAAAUGCAAAACCUCUUCUAGGAUUUGGAUUCCUGUUGUCCAUUUUUUACUUUAAAGGGCACAGCAUGUACCAUUUGUACCGUGUGAUACUGUCAAGGUUACCCCCUGGAUGAGACGACAUGUUUUUAAAUGCAUUUAAAUGCAAUUUAAAUGAGUUAACUAAAAGCACCUUACUGCCGGAGGUCUGUGGUCAUUCAACAUGCGCAUGCCCAGUUGUUUGCUACUCCUGUACAACCUUAAUGUGAUUCAGUGGCGUGGAGAUUUUACUUUGUGCUACAUUGUCCAUGCUACCAGAUUUCUUUAAGCCAUCUUCUUCCCCCCUCCCCCCUCCCCCCUCUCCCUAUAGCUCUUUCUCCGCUGAUAUUUUUCAGUGUGAUGUGGGCCUGUUUUUGUUUCCUUUUUGUGUGGGGGCUCAUGGCUGGGUUGGGCCAUUGUGCCAGCCAUCAGGGCGUUAUUCAAUCCAGGUACUGGCUUCCAAAAGUGGGCGUCCCUGGAUGCUCCAGGCAACCAACCUCCUUUUAGCGAUGCAGUGGUUAAUACAAAGUUAAUCAACCACUUGAAACUCUUAUCCAGGAACUGAAAACUCGGAACCCAAGACAGAGGAAGCACCGGAGCUGACAGUAGAGGAGAGCUCUCAGUCAGAUGCAAAAGAUUCUCCUUUACGCAGUGACAGUGUUACUCUUGUACCCGAGUCACCAAAUGAAAACUCCAUGGAAAGCCCUGCAGAAUCGGAAUCAACAGAAAAAUCAGGCAAACGAAAAGCACCACUUUUAGAGGUACACGUAAGUACAUGCACAGUUAAUUUGGAGGAUGAUGUGUUCAUACAAUUGCUGGUGACCAAAGGAGCCCACAAUCCUAAUCUCCAAGUUGCUAUUACUGUGCAUUGUAUGUAGCCAGCAUUCAUGUACUUCCACUAUUAAAGAAUGAGUGGAAUGUACAGAAUGCAAUCUGAUCAUGCGCGUUUGGACGCUCUAUUAUGUACAAUUUACACAAAAAUCUGCUUUUCCUAGUGACUGGGCUUUUUUAAAGCCCCAUCUAAAUGUUUUAUAAGUUUUACCUGAUUGUGUCACAUUGCGUGUGAAAGGGAUUUGAUAAUAAUAAAAUUAAAAAUAGGACUAAUCGACCACAAUUUUCCACGGUCUACACUCUUAUAGACCAUUGAAAUGUCGUCAUAAAAUGUUCAAAACUCAAGUGGAACCACGAGCCGCAGGCGAGAGGUUUCACUGCAAAGUUUUGAACAUUUUAUGUUGUCACUUCCAUGGUCUAUGAGAGUGUAGACCAUGGAAAAUUGUGGUCGAUUUGAUUUUUACAAUAACAUUUUUUUUAGUUUCCUGCGAGGUUUCUCGGAAAAUGUUACGUCAUUUCCGUGGUCCAUACUCUCAUAGACCAUAGCUCUCGACCAACCAGCGCACAAAAAUUUACUCAGUUAUUGUGAAAUGAAAGAUAUUUAAUAUUUUUUUUACAUAGUAAGAACCUUGCAAAAUGAAGCGAAGGCCAUCUUCAGCGUCUUGUCUUUAGAAAACUCAUUUAGUUAUCUUAACUGAUGAGUCUCUUUUGCCUGGAUCUUAGGAGGAACAGCAGUCCAAGAAAAAGGGAGGCGUAUACAAUAGAGAUGACCUUGAAUUACAAAUCAUGAUUGGUCAGGAAGUCCAUCUUGGUACCUUGGCUUGCACGGCAGUGGAACCUCUCAAGGUUUUGUCAAUUGCAACUUACCAUUACCUUUUUGCUUCUAAUAGUAACAAGAAGUAGAUGGCUUCGUGCCAAAGUUCCACCCAAGAGAUUUCAUUUGACUGGUAACACCAUGAGAUUUCAUCCAGACAUUCAAAAGCUACAGCAUGCGGAGAAAGUAGUGCUCGAUAGCCCAGGGCUAGUUUAUUUUGCUAUCGGGCUAGUGAAUUCUCUCUUAAAUUUGUUUUGGGGAAUUCAAUUAUUACAGAAGAACUGUAAACAAUAUUGGUCAUCAACUUUUUGUCAAGCUAGUUGAAAUGACUUUUCGACUGACAAGCGACGUGAACCUUUUCGUAAACGCUUAAAGCCAUGCAAGAGAAAAGCCUCUACUCGCAGGGUAUGGGAAAGUAUGGCUUUGGACGAAAACCAGUACAAGUUCAAAAUCUCUUGCCAAACUACAGUGUAAGGGGAGAGAAUGGCAGACAGGGAACGUUUACAAGUUGGUACUUCACAUAUAAUUCAAUGAAAAGUUGGGUGUCUAUAGCCGGUCUUAAGGGCCUUGAACUGGCCGUUUUCUGCUGUGCAACACAAAUUUCAAAACUGUUAGGGUGGAGGUUUCCUGUCAUUUACAUAUUACUUUUCUAUUUAGAUCACCGCAAAUGGCCGUUCUGAUGAGAUCAAACUUAGUGUUGAUUGUGGUAAGUACACACUGAAGCUACAAAAUGAGAACUACAAACAUGUUACACCCCCAAACCCCACUUUAUGGACACCUCAUUAUUAUGGACAAUUUGCUUUGUCCCUGGAAAAAAAAGCACUUGCAUUUUUUUAAAUUCAACCCGCUUAAUACGGGCACCCAGUUAAUAUGGACACUUUCUAUGGCCCCCUUAGUGUCCGCAUUAACAGGGGUCGACUCACUGACUGUACCUCGUAUGUUAGGUGGUGGCAGUGAAGCAUGUUUUGUAACCUGUAGGGAUACAUAUAGUUACAGUUAACUGUGAAAUUGAAGUUUCCACCUUCAGCGUGGAAAGAAAGUUGUGUCCAAUAACCCCGGGCUAGUGAAUUCUGUUUUCAACUUUUCCCACGGACAAGUGAAGUUUUUUGGGGGAAUUUAAAUUACAGAAGUACUGUAAUAAAUGCUGGAAAUUCAUUAAACCUCGCUUUAACGGUGGACUUCGGUCAUCAUUCAUGGGUAACAGUGCACUGUUACUGUCUGACGUCAUAGAUUUUACAAUGUUGCCCGCUCAUAGAUUUUGGCGGGAAACAGUUUGUUAUAUGUCACGUGACCAUAAAGUAAUCAAUGAGAGCGCGCGCUGUGGGGAAAAAAUUUCCAGCUGUAUACACUGUAUAUAACAAGGUAACUUGUUUAAAUUCUUUAUAGAUUCAAGCUGAUCUGACGAAGUGAAAUUAUUAGCUAUUAUUACAAUGAAUUAAUAAAGCAAAUAAAUUGAUUAACAAAUGCUGUAAUUAAUUAAUAAAUAAUUAUUAUUCAUUUAUUUAUCCCGCUUGUCCAUUUUUUUUGCUAGCUACGCUUGGGGCAGGAUGUAAACUGACUUGCUUUACCCCUUUGCUCCAUAACCUUGGCUAUUAAUAUCUCUUAUCACUCCUGAUAUCGCACUGAUAACUUAAAUUACAACACUUUGUUAUUUUUUUCUUUUAGGAAGUAAAAUUGUAUUGCUAACCAUCUCAGGAAAAGACCUGACUUCACUCAAGGUAAAACAGAACAUCAGUGGUACAGUGCACAUGUAAAACUUAUUCCCAAAUCCGAUUGGUAGCGAGUUCUUUAGAAGUGCCAAAGGGAAAGGGUCUUGAAAGCUAAGUGAAAAUGUAAUCGUUGGGAUCACUGGAAUUUUUUCAGCGAACGUGGCAAUAACAACCAUCAAAUGGAAACAACGCUUUUAAUACUUGUCUUUUAAGACAAAAUACAGGGUACAUGUCAAUGAAUUUCCAAAGUUAAAGUGUUCGUUGAACUACAGUCAGUAUAGCUCUGGAAGAUUCACCAACAGAUCCUGCACGUGUUGAAACUUCUCUGAGAGAAAGGCAGGGGUCACUUGUUUGUCCUAAGAUGUCUAGGGUUACAAGCUGCUACUGUCUAUUGGGAAGGAUUUUUUACUCUACAAUAAACGGACGUGUGAACGUUUGCUUUGCCCGGGUGACUUUAAAAGCAACGGCCUUGUCUCCAGCUGGCAAUGUCAAAAAAGUGUACUCAAUCAUUAUUUUGAACAAAACAUAAUUUUUUCAGCCAUUCAUUCAUUCGACCGCAUCUGUUAAAACGUUUUCGCUAGCCCUUCAUCCGUUUUAUCUCAUUCGUUCAAAUAUAUCUUCAUCCCUUCUGCCGUUUGUUCUUCGCUAUCCUUUUCUCAUCCCUUCGCUUACCGUACGUUCAGCCGUUCGAACGGAUAUUGUAAGGAACGCUUUCGCGAGAGAGGUCACAUUUGACUCUUUAAAGUAAAAGCGGAUAACAUCCCUGCUUACACGUGGAACUGCAUGAAUUUGCUAAAGCAUGAAAUAAAAGGAACUUAUUGAUUUCCUUUUCUGCAGAUCAGUCGUGGUCAAGAUCCAGACGUGAUCGUGCUGGGAGUUACACCUGGCUUUGCUCUUAAACUGAGGCAUAAGUUUCCUUUCAAGGGUUCGGCAUUUCUUAAUCCAGGAAGUGCUGGUACAGUAUGCUGUAUUUAUUCUCUUGUAGCAAUGCUAGACUCAAGUCCUGUUGUCAAAUUUAACUGCAGAGCACUCAGAAUAAUUAUUUCUCCAAUUGUGAGUAGAUAACGUGCGCUGGUUGAUUCUUCACAGCUAUCUCUUGUACGCUGGUUAAAUUUGGGAGAUAUAUGUCGUUCGUUAAAAGAUUAAGGCAAUCGUCAACCACUGGAAGUUGUUGACUGAAAAAAUGCAAAUGUCCUAAAUCUGUGUAAUGAAGAAGUUCCACACAAAAUAAGAGAAUUUCAUUCGUGAACUGUGACACUGACCAAGAGUUCCACUAAUCUCUUGGUCAUCUGUGUUUUUUAGUUGACAGUACACACUUUUGUAAGAAGUAAGCAAAGACGGCCUAGAUACAAAACCACGCUGAGUUACACAAUGAAUAUCAGCGAUCUGAUCCCUAUAGAGUCUUCAAGCUCUACAAUUUACCUAGGCUUCCCCCGCACUACAAUCAAAAUCGUUGGCCAGCAUUGUUUCAAAUUUAACUUCGCUAUAUUACAUCAAGUCGCAUUUUACGGAUGCGUCGCGUUAAACAGGCCUCUGAAGAUAAGAGAGAGAUGCAUAAAUUUUAAGGUCGGACUUAAGGGCGUAACUUUCAUCAGUUAAGCCCCAGACACAAGCAGUUACGACUAACGUUAGGUUUUAUACAACGGGCGCUCCCCUGGAGGCUUUCAGGAAUCUUAACAGAAGUAACGUGCUUGUCUUAUAGUGGCAUCAGAAAGGGACAUAAUCCUUGAAGUCAGUGAACGCGUCACGAAUGAAAUUAUUCACGAUCUAAUGGAUUGGGUAAGCUUGGGUGUGGUUCACAUUUAAUGAAGUCAGCAAGUUAGUUUCCACUAAAUCGUAGUCAACAGUUGCCGGCACCGUACAAAUGACCAAUUAACGGACUCAAGCAAAACUGACAACGACAGAAUGACUAUAACUAAGUAUAAACUAACUAUAUUGUACUAACAAUGAACGACUGUUUAACCAGGACAAAAGACGGAUCGAAACGCACCAAUGACACUUCGAGACUUAAUAGCCAAAAACAUUACGGCGUAACUGACAAACGACCGAUAACAUCGCAACUACGCCUCAGAAUUAUAAGUAGCUACGGGGAAAACGCAUGUUCUAGGAUAACGCUACAUGAUGGACAGGGCUCGUGCGCACCUUAAAAGCCCUUGAAUUUUAAAAUGAAAAUUCAAAGCCUUGUAAAUUGCAGUCGGUGCUGGAAAGCCGUUGAAUUUCAAUACUAACUUUAUAGUUGAAGUAGAACUCCGAAGGAAGAACUAGACAAGACUCAAGGCUCUUUUUUGCACUGAAUGGAUUCCUUGAAAAAUGGGAAAUGUGUCCUUGAAAGUCCAGUGAAAAGUCCUUGAAUUUUUUUUCGUUCGCAAAGGCUACAAACCCUGAAUGGAUAAAUCUCUAUCCAGUUGAUAAGGCAACUGGAUUCCCUAAUUCUUAUCUGCUGGAUAAUGAUGAUAGUGGAUAGUGCUAUCCAACAUUUGAACAACCGGGGUAAUAAGUUGAUUAUCACACUCCUCCUCGCUCCACCGUUACGACAUUUGUUACAGAUGUUACAGGUUACAGUUACAACUAAAACAUUCCAUGAUUUCAUACAGCUACAGUCUGGAAGUAACGUAUUCUAACCCAGAACACCCACACACAAGGCCAAAUGAACCUAAAUGCAAAAUAUAUGGGAAAAUCGAAAAUCGGCUCGAGACUUUGCGAGUCAGUAGACCAGAAGAGAAUAUGCGCUAUCGUUGAGAGGAGGAGGGUGGGGCGAGAACUGCUAGCGAGGGUACCAAGACCUAAACUUUACUAGAAAUGGCUGAAUAAUCAUGCAUGCUGCUCUUUAAACUGAAGAGCAAAGUCUGUGGAUGUGCCGUGUAUUUCCCAGGACCACGCUGAGAAGGUUAAUGUAGGGUUUUGUCCGUGUUUUCCCCAGUGAGAAUAGCUAGCAAAUUAAAAAACACUUGUGCCUAACAGUAUGAGAGUUAAAAAUGUGUUUCGCGUUUAUUUUGUCUUUCAGGUGUCAGAAAAGUUGUCCAAAGAUUUUGCUGAGUUAAGGUGACUGGAAAGUGACGACGUCUAGCAACUUAGAAAUAAUCAUAACAUUAAAUUUCGAAGUAAUAAGUUUAAAAACUGCUUAUUUAACUCUAGCUAACUCUUUUUUUGGUACACUUCUAUAAGCGCAACUUAUUGUCUUUUAGCCUUUGUAGAUAAUGAUUCUUAUGUUAUUAACUUUGGUUUCAUUAAUCAUUUUCAAUUGGUUGAAAGGGGCUGAUUUUGAAACAAGACUUAUUUGUUGAACGUUUUAUCGUAGUGUCUGUAAGGCAUAGAAAGGAAACAGUUUGGUGUCAGUUAUUUUCCAUCUCUCCAGUACUAAAACAAUAGUGCCGAACGUAAUGUUAUUUUUAAGGGCAAGCAGGUCACUCAGUUGCCCUCUUUGUCUUCAUCCCUAUUCUGAUAACAUGUGUCUGAAUGGGAAAGGAAAACUCUUACACCUAACAACGCAAUGGUCGGGAGAGGCAGAACCCAGGGAAAGAAACUCCUUCCACCUAUCUCGCGCUUGAACUGUUCGCGCCCUCGAGCGUUCGAAUUUCCAAUUUGGCCUUUCAUCUCGAGCUCCUGUCACGAAGCGCUAUCCACCUCCCCUCUUCCUCUCCAGCCCCCAACCCCCCCCCCCACCCGAACCCGAAUCAAAAGUGUUAUUUGCGUUGUUAGUGUCCUUCCUCAUUUGGAAUUUCUGGUUUAUUUGUAGCUUAAAAGAGGUGGAGAGAAUCAAAUCUUUCAAAGCUUCUACAUCAGCAUCAGCAACCAAGGAAAAAGAGCAAUGUACGGAAACAGAAUUGUUGUCUUUGUUAUUGUACUUCUUUUGGUUGUGUAGUUAGAUUUCCAUAGUUCAAACCGAUGUCUUUUUCUACUCAUAACGACACGAGCUUACCUCUCUUGAUCUAGGGUACCCCGCCACAAUUGGCGAAAGUAAGAAAGUGAAAAUAAAUAAUUGUCCUUUUUUAUGAUGACAUUUUUUUCAUUUCAUUGUAGCGCCCAGUGAAACAUCUUCCACUUCCAUGACCACUCGUUCCAGGACAUAUAGCACAAGAACAAGCGGCAGCAAAGAAGCAGCAGCUAAAACCGUAGAAAAGUAUUUUUUCCUCUUGAUUUAUGUUACUUGAAAAAAUUCGUGUAGUAUAAUGACAAUGUAACUAAUUUAAAGAGAGUUCAAUAGCCCCUUUCGGACAACGAAGCGCUCAGGCUUUUGUGGAAUGUGCAGUUUUGUCACGGCAAGAAUCUUAAGUCUUCCCGAGCGGUUUUGUAGCUGUCUGUUUUAGCAGCCUCCCAGCGGUUUUGUAAGUUAGUUUGAAACGGUCCAGCGCCCCAGAAAACCUUCGUUUUUCCUUCUACUGAUUCAGUCAGUGUAACGGCUACCUGCCUGAGGUGGUGGCCGUAGCGACGAUAUUCAGUGUGAGGGCUAGCCUAAAGUGAAGGAAUUUUCUGGGGCGCGUGGCAACUAGGAUUUAAUCGCAAGAGGCAGGGAAGGGGCGACGAGUGUUCUUUAUGCACCACCAUAAUGAUAUAAGCCCCGCUUUCACUCUUCCCAGUCCUCCUCGGCAUUCCAAAACAAAAGUCGGCGACUGCAAAUAAAUUAAGAAAUACUGAUUGCUCGCUCACCCAAAAAUGCUCCUUAUAAACUGCAGGUUAUCAAGGGGCUGGGUAGAUACCCAAGGCAUUGCGGAGCUUUAGAUUCUUAGAUGAGCACGACUACGAGGACGGGAUUUCUCUCAAUGGGUCCUCAAUACUAAGAAGAGUUCGCGCGUGAAUCAGCGUCAUUUUGGCGGGAAAACGUGAUAGUCUUCGUCAUUCUACUGCGAGUUUUAGCGAGAAUGUCGUGGUGGCUGAAACAAGUUGUCAAAUGUUUAGAAGAUUUAUCAUCAUGCGAUCGGGAGAGGGGUUAACCGACUUCAAUAAAAUAAUUCUGCUUACUCUGGUGAAUAAAAUUACAAUGAAGCUUUCCGGAGUGUGUGUCUUUUUUUAAGAAAACGCGAAAAAACCUUAGUUGAAUUUUUGUCCUCGAAUGUAAAGGUCUCAAUUCACAUUCUGCGUAAGCUAACAAGGCAAUAAUUAUGUAUUUUGCUUUUCAGACUGAUAGUUUAUCCAGCCCCUCCCCAGCCAGGCGGGAUUACAGUUACCUCUGAGGAUAUCCCUUGUCUUGCUCCAGGAGAAUUCCUCAACGAUGUCAUCAUUGAUUUCUACCUCAAGUAAGUUGACAUCUGUUUAGAUGGUGUCGAUACGUCAAUUUUAACCUUUUUAUCGAGAGUUCGGAGAGUCUUAAUCGCUCUCAAAACACUGUGUUUUAACUUUUCCUAACGCUACUAUGUUCUUAUUUCAGGUAUGUGUUCGAGAAACUUAAACCGGAAGACAAAGCUCGUACUCAUAUUCUAAGCUCGUUCUUUUACAAACGGCUCACACAAAAAAACAACAAACAUUCAGACAGUUUCACCAGGUAAAUGUGCCCAUCCAUCAGUAGGCCACCUUUGUUACUAUUUACUGCAUCCUUGUUUACAAUAGUAAUUUACCCCACAUGCAGUUAGUUAUUAUUUGUCGUGAGCUCGAAUCUCAUCUGCACCUCGAUAAUUUUUCCAAGCUUUCUGAUGUCAGAUUUCUUUCUCCUAAAUUUUUGAAAAUUUUCCACCCCGAAGGCUGACUGGCAGAGCACAUUUAGUUGUCUUUUUCAUCCUGAUGGACUAGAUUGUGUCCUUGUGUAAUUUUUCUUUGAAAAGGAGUAUUGCGCUUACCCACCCCGGAAGUCCAUUUCCACCUGCCAUAACCCUCACUUUUACAACGAGGCCAAGUGUAAAACGUGAUUUGUGAAACGGGUUUAAUUUGCAUAAAAAUUAAAAGCCAUUUUUAUCUCUUCCUAUUUAGCCUCGUUUUGAAAAAGAGGUUAUAGUAUCUUUAAUGUUGCAAGCGAAGAGUAUGAAAUUACAUAGUCUACUCAGUACUUGCGACUUUUGGAUUUAAUUCUUCUUAGCUUCCCAAACUAAACUUGUGUGACAUGGCUUAACUUAACUAAACUUAACUUUAAACCUUGAUGAAUUAAUUAUUUCUCCACGUAUAAUUUUCGUAUUCUAAUAAUCAUUACUGGAAUUUUUGGAAAUGUAGAGAAAGUAGAAAUACCCAGCGUUUAAACCUGAUCUUUAUUUCCUGUUGUUUGGUCUCUAGCACACCUGACCGAAUGCAUUCCCAAGUACGAACAUGGACCAAGAAUGUCGACAUAUUUGAGAAAGAUUUUGUGUUUCUGCCUAUCAAUGAAAGGUUUGCUACCCUUCUGUAUUAGAAGUAUCAAAGAGUUUCCAGUUUCUUUUCAUAUUUAUGCGCGAAGGAAAAAGCCCAAUUCAACCCUGUUUCCCCGAAGGUAAAGAAAUGAAACAGUCUGGAUGUGAUAAUGUGAUGUGUAUUUGAAAACAUUAUAACUCCUGUUGCUUGGCCAUUUUGAGGUUACUGUGAUACUAGAUCAUCAUUGCGUCUAUUAUUUUUUCUUAUAACCCCUGAGGAAGCAUUAUAUAUCAGGCAACUUUAUUGAAACAUUUUUUAUCGUACCAUAGUUUCUUUGUUUACUUCCUCGUCUCUUUGCCGUCAUGAUCAGUUUGCCGUUUAUAUAUUUUUGGUUUGAAUUGCACUUUGGGACCGGUUUGUUGGACCUUUUCUCCCAUAGAAAGGGUUGGCAUAGUCUUGAAAAGUCCUUGAAUUUUAGGGGAGUGCCAAUUUCCCGGCUUUGUUUAAUUCUAUUGGUUUCAUAUUUCAGUUCCCAUUGGUACCUGGCAGUCAUCUGUUUUGCAGGGCACACUGAACCAACUUAUAUAAACGAAAUCCUAGAUGAAGAUGAAGAAACCCAGGUAUCUUGGAGCAUUCCACUAUCGUAACCACAGCCUUUAAAAAUUCAGCCGUUCACUUUGUCUCCUCUCCGAUGCUCAAUACUCUCCCGCACAUUUAAAAGCAUUUUUCAACAGCCUAGGCCCUCGGCGUUUUCUCUUGCCCCGUUUUCCGCGCGAAGACUGGGAAAGGGUAAGCGAGUCUCUCGGUGACGUCACACCUCACGGUAGAAUCCAGAUUAGGGAGUUUAAGAUACGGAGACUACGAACUACGAACUACGGCUGGACGAGCGUUGUCCUUUGUUCGUAGCACUGGGUUGAAUCGUGCAAAUAUAGAACGUUAAGAUUGCACUACAGACAGUAGACUACGACAGAAGAGGCGGAGAGGGAAACAACACGCAAAGAUUUUCUUGUUUUCAUCACAGUUCACAAAAAUGCAAGUCAGUUUUGCAUGUGAUCUUAUCGUUAGAACAAUGAACAAAUUCUUCCAUACUUGAAGGAAGCAAUUACGUCGGGUGAAAUUGGUAAACAAAGUUUUGGUUACACAGGUUUUAUUUUUUCGCCCAUGAAUACUUAUGUCAAAUAUUAAAGAUACAUACAGAUAUAGUAAUACCUCAUUUAUACCUCAUUUAUUAGAUUUAUUUAGAAGAUGGAUUUCUCCGACCACUGAUCUGAUGUAGUUUGAAGUACUGAAAUGCCGAGUUUCGAUUGUCUCGAGAAUGUUUACAUCAUUUUCAUUCAGCAAAUGGCGCGAUACCAAAACUCGCAUAAAUAACGGUUACACAAGUACAAAGACUCACUAAUCAGUUCGAACAAACAUUGAAACUUUUCAAGUGCGAAGAGAAAGUAAAUUACCUGCAUGAUUUCUCUUCUCCUAGGCUGUCAAUCUGAAUUCUGCGUAUAAACAGCUAAGCUUAUUUAAACAUGAGCUUAGCUAGAUAAAAAUGUAGUCACAACAGUGGAUUAAAAGCGUAAAUCUGAGCAGAAAUUAGACACAACUUACAUAUUUCGCUUUCCUCUCAAUUGAAGCAGGUGAAUUGAAAACUUUUUUACGGAAAGGCGAGAUUCUUGAACUACCGAGACGGCAAAAUACGAGCAAAAUGUUCUCCGUAGUCCCGACUACGCGAAACAGCUCAACAACUCACCGUAGCCGCAGGACUACGCGGGAAAAAUGAACAGUCACGUGGUUUUGAUCAUGCGCAGUAGCAUAUUUAUCCGUAGCCGUAGUCCGUAGUCGCCGUAUCUUAAACUCCCUAUUGACCGAGCCGCAAACGGCUGGGGACCUGGCUGAUUUUUCAGUACUUUCGGCAAGGUUUUGACAAACAGCCUACCCCCUAAAGCUACAGUUCUAAGAUCUUCGUAUUUGUUGUAAACAUUUUCCUUUACGAAUCAACAGCAGAAAAAAGAUUCAGAAUCCGACGCUGCCACGGAAAAGGAAUCAGAGAACGAUAAUAAUAACGAUGUCGAUGACGAUGAUGAUUUGGAGUUACCGACACUUACAAGUCUUCAAUCCAAAUCACUUAGUAGGAGUAGAAGAAAAAGUAGCUUGCCCAAACAGAGCAUCAAAUCACAGUAAGCUAUUUUUGUUUAUAGUGUCGUUUAGUUAUGGUGCCUUAGUCAUGGUUCUGUCAGCCCACACAGUAGGAAUUUCCUUACUUUAGAAGAUAGGGAGCACGUUUACGGCAAACCGCAUAGAUAGCCUUGUGAUUUAAGUAAUGUUUGUACUUUAUUUAUUCUGGGGCCGUAGAUCUUUUAUAGAUCCGAUAUGCCGGAAUUCUAGCAUGGUUCUGUCCUUGUUUUAGAGGUUGGUUUUGGCGAAUUCUUUAUUUUCUCUGCGAGACAUCAACUUGACACUUGGACUCUUGCCCCUCAGGAAACACGUAAUAUGGCGUGAUUCUGUGGGUGUUGAGAGUUCUAGGUCAGGGCUUAAAUCAGAGUGCGCGGAUAUUUUUCAUUAGAGCUUUCUCUGGUUACGCCAUACUGACGAGCCCCAAAGAGGGCGAAACAGCUGUCUAUGGCUAGAAUCUCGCUCUGUUUUGAGUCGUGUUGAGGUCUUGCAGAGUUAAUUUUCACGUAGUACGAUCAGCAUUGCAGUAUUCUGCUUGCAGAAUUUAAUAUGUCAGCCUUGUGAUUGUUUACAGCGACAAAAAAAGGACAGUUCUAAGUUACGCUUUUUCGUGGACCCAAAAACACUUCCCUUUACGUUGAAAAAAGUAGGCGGUAAACUUGGGAAAUGGCGGAGAAAAUGAUCUCCUGGUCGUCUGUUUGUCGCAAACGUGUCUCAAGUACUCGUUUAUAUGAUGUGUUUCAAUUCUAUUCCUGGUUUAUAUUUUAUCUUCCGCUAGUCCAGACUCAUUAUCAUACAUUACCAUACCCAAAAACGACGGGAGAUAGAAUUCAAGGAUAAAACUAAACCAUAACAUAUGCACCUCGGUGUAUGGAGCCAAGUUUCUUCACUAGAAAAAUUACGUGAUACUGAACAAACCUUGCACCCUGGCCUAUUGCGUAUACAAACUUAAGAUUAAGCAGGAGCUUUUUUCUGAAGUAUAUCUUUGCAAUCUCGUUUCAUUUCCAUAAAUUUGAAGUCUUAACCUCUAAACAGCCAGACACGACUCUCCUUACAGUGGAGGUCAAAUGUGUUGGGGCACUUAACGUAUGAUAAUAGUAAAACUGGCGAGGCGACCUCUUCCUUCCCACCCUGAACAAUGUUGAAUUUCAAGCAAUAUAGACGCAAGUAAGUACUUUUUUGGCACAACAUCGCCCUACGGAGGAAGUGGGGUGAGCGAGUGAUGAACUCAAAGGCGAUCAGAAAAACAAAAUUUAAGAGAAGGAGUCUUACGUAUUAUUUGGUUUUUACAGAUGUCCCAAUUUCUUUUGACCUCCAGUGAAGAAGAUAGUGGAAACAAACCAGGGUUUGUUCUGGGCAGCACGCACAAUCUGUUAUCCGUUAUUUUAGGCGCGUGCGAGGAAACCUGCCGUUUCUUUGUGUUGCGGAUUUUAAAAGAUGACGUAGUACAAAAGAGAGAAAGAUAAUUAAUAAUACCUACACGACAAAACACAGGCCAAUCAACAAUAGUUUCCCCAACACUAAGCAACACUAAGAAAACCUCUGGCUUCUUAUCUAUUGUGACCCCAGCUAACGUAUGAGUAUUUAAUACACAGAAAAUUCUCUGCUUCAUCCUACAGACCCUGCAUUUUGGUGUUUGAUUCACUGGGAUGCCAAAGAAAUAGGUGCAUGAUGAAUCUUAGAAAGUAAGUCUCUCUUUGUGGUCAAUUUUCUAACUUCAAUUUCUUUUUGAGUAUCAGUGUGGAUGAUUUGCUGUAACUGAAUCAUAAGCGAAAGUUAAAUCACAUUAAUUUAUUAAGGGCUGGGGGGGAGGAGGGGAGGUUUAAAGGCUUGUUUAUAGUGAAAAGUGCACUUAGCUUAUCCAGCUAGGUUACAGGCACUCCAAUCAAAUACUUAGAAACAAAUAAUUGACAUACAACAUAACAGAAUUAAAAACCCCAACUGGCAGGAGGCAACCAGUUGGCUGUUUACAAGCAUGGCCGAGGAUUUGAACUCGGGACGACCGAGAACAAGCAAAAGGCCAGAGCGGGACUCGAACCCUGGACCGCCGGAUUGCGAGUCCAACGCGCUGACCACUCGGCCACGCUGCCUCCUACAAGGAAAGGAAGAACUCUACAAAAUAAUUGGUAUUUCUUUUCUUUUCGGUGUUACACCCAUGAAAGGCAGAGGUUUUUGCACAGAAAAAGGUCGACUCCGCCCGUACAGUUGUUCAAAGGGUGAAGAAACUGCGUGCACAACUGUAAAUAAUCUGUUGUAAUCUCGGCUGAUGGCGAAGACCUCUUAGUUUUCACAGGAAAGCUUCGAACAAUAAUUAUUACUUUGCCGGAAUCGGAAUGUUUCUUUUCUACGGGAAAAACAGGCAAUCGCAUUGAAAACGUCACUAAUAGGUCAUAAGUGUAAUCACGUCUUUCAAACGUUUUCAUGAUCAUUUUAACGUAAUCAUUUUAUCAACUUUAGGAAAAAUUCCGAGUAGUUUACUGUUAAAUUCUAUAGGACCGUGCCUAUGCAAGUUCAGAAAAAGAAAGAAAAAUUCUUCGUUCCACGCUAAAGUCGUAGCCUUGCAUUGGCGCCAUUGUGAUGCACGCGCAAAAGGGCUUUUUGCCGUCUCCUUCCUGCCAUCUUAAGGAAGCUUACGCAACCACGAAAGCGACGGCAAUGCGGAAGUUUAAGGCUAUGUUCACAGUAUACCGGUUAGCUCUUGCGCUGCCAUAACACACAAGAACGGAUGGUGAUUUGGGUUAGAUUUUUGUGACUGAGCAAAGCUGCGCCGCGCCAAUCUCGAAAUUGGAGCGUCACAUAUCGGAUAGAUUCUGUGCCACACUUUAUUGCAGUGAACACUGAGGUAUUUGGACCCUACCGGAAGUAAAUAGGUAGGAGCAAGGACUGGAACCCGCUGAGCUUGAAGUGAAAAUUCAGGAGUGAGGACUGGGUUUUAGCUCACCAAACCCUGCACGUGCAAAGUUAUUGUUUUGCUAAUCUAAUCCUAUUGCACUUUGAGUUGUCGUCGCCGUCGUGCCAUAUUUGACUCUUGACUUUUGACUCUUUUUACACUGGUCCAAAUUUUUGAUCGGACGAAUUUUUACCUUUGCAACGCGUUUACACGUAACCGUGUAAUUUUUUUUACAGUACUGAUUACACGAGUCCGUCCAAGUUUUUGCCAGUGUCAGCAUUGUUUUUUCCUUCCUUUUUUAACUAGGCUCCAGGCUUUUGCCACGCAAACUAUGAAAAAGAUUGUCAGGUUUAGGUGUUAACACGUAUCCUUGUAAAAGUGGAACUGUACCGCUUUAAACUUUUGACCUACUUCUGAUCAGGUUAAAAACUUGCACUGUUCCGCGGAUCCCGUGUAAACGAAAGGCGGAUCCGUGCAAGUUUUUGUCCGUUAAAAAAUUUGUUCAGACUCUUGUAAACGGGGUCUCAAACGCCCUAGUUUCGCUUCCGUCGCCGUGGUGGGCACGUAAGCUCUCUUUGAACUCUCUAAUAAUAAUUGUUUUAAGCUCGUUAGAAGUUUUUACUGAUUUGCUUUUUUACUUUAAUUGUUGCCAGCUACCUAGCAUGUGAAUGGAAAGAAAGAAAAAAACAGUGUGAGCCUAGAGAGUUCAACAAAGAUAACGUCAAGGGAAACCACCCUAAGGUCUGUUGAAUCUGGGCUGAAUUUAAUAAAACUUUACAAGUGUAAUUCAAAAGUGUCAGUAGCUGUUGUUUCCGAUUGUUAUUUGUGUUUUCAGACUCUGGCAGAGUGUGAAAACGCUAAUUACCCGCAAUGACAAAUUUGUGAAUCAUUAUACGUUUUUGGGAAACUGCCCACGUACCCCUCCCCUAAGCCAACAUUUUGCUUUUAGUGAGAAGUAGGUGUUAAUGUUGGCUUAAGGGAGGGGUAGGUGGAAAAGAUUAAGGCCACGUCUACGUGAAUCCGGACAUUUUUGAAGCCGCAUUUUUUUAAAACGAGUCGAUCUUGGCUUCUGUGCACGCAAAAACCAGUGAAUCAGCUCACUUGAACCGCUCUCCAGAGUGGUUAUAAGGGCUCUGUUCACACGAAUGCGUGUAGCAAAAUUUGUGGUUCCAAAAUGUCCGGAUUCGUGUGGAUGUAGCCUGAUGGUCAGACGUCCGAGGUCGUUCGCGGUCCUUUCGCUUCUCUUCCUCUCCCAUCUGAUAUACUCUGUGCGAAGUCGUGUUCAUAACGUCAGAGCCAUUGUCAAUUUUCACCAAUCAGAGCGGUUGUACCAUAGAGGGAUCACCAUCGGAGAGGAAGAGAAGCGAAGGGGCCUCGGACGUCAGAGCAUCAAGCUAUUGUGGAUGGGGCGUGAUUAAAUUGAUAUAACAUUUAAGUGGAGCUUAGGACGAAGAAGAUUUGUAUGACUUGGACCAAAUUAUUACUUGUGGCUAUUCUUUUACUUGUGUUAUCCCCUUUUACACGUUUGUCGCAAGAGCACAAGCACAGGGAAAAUGGACUUAAUGUAGACUUGUAAUACUCAUCAUGUUGCUAGUGGUGAGUCACUACCAUACCAUCCGUGUCUUUCUUUCGCUUGCCCGAUUUUGGCGUGCUCGAGAAAGACUCUGCAUGAAUCGAGUAAGGUCUUUGUUGCGCAUGCUCUGCAUGUUGCUUGGAUGCAAAUUCGAACCCAGGCCUAAUAGCCUUGCGCUUAGAACAACAGCCUCAGUUUUAACCUUCAGUAUUACAAUAAACGGAUACUCACACUCAAAAAACCAAUUUGACGAGUAUCGAGAUUGAUUAGUUCAGAAUUUCAGGCUGCGUCGAAGAGCCUUCUUUCCUUCUCCUUGGUUAAGAAGAAGAUAAUAGAAAGCUCUGCUCGCAGAGUGCUGAGUCCCCUGACAAGAUUGGAACCCAGAAUGCCGCUUGGGCGCUCUAGCCUCUAAGCCUCGGAGAUAUUAGGAAGUGCUCGCCUUGGUGUUUCUUGGCUUAGUUGUUAAUGACCUGAAAAGUGGUGAACGCUCAUAACCAGCGUAAAAAUUUAGGCAAUCUGUAUUUUUUUUGAGCUUUAUUCCACUUAAACUGUUGACAGUUUUCCGAAAGAUCUUCGAGAUUGAGCGCUAACUGUUCUUUACGGGCAGCCAUCGUGGUUUCAAUUGCUUCGUUUCUAACCUGGCGAAGCCAAAGAUCACCGAAUUCCAAACCCCGCGGUUAUUUUUAUUUGUCACUCAUUUCGGUAUGAGCUCCCACUGUCUGAAUGUUGUUAAAUUUUGUGAAACAGUUCCUUUAAUUCUUGAACUUACACCGUCUUGCCCCACUCUUAGGCCCCUGUGCAGGAUAACUUCUGUGAUUGUGGGGUAUACGUGUUGCAGUACAUGGAAAGCUUCUUCAAGGUGAGGAAUCUUUGUUUGAUAUGCAGUUUUAAAACAGAAUGAUAUUUAGGGUGCUUUCCGUCGGUUGUAAUCCUGAGUAAGGUAAAGUACACCGAAAGCUUUCAACAGCUCGUGGAUAUUGAAGCAACUAAGACGCUUCAAGUAUUUUAUUCCAACGGAAAAUUUUACAGUAUAGUAAAUUCUUAAAAAAAGCGAUCUCUUUAGUCCAUUGCAUUUGCCUUUUCGGGGUGUGUCGCUGUCGCCGUCGGCUGGGCAUGGUUCCCAGUUGUGUGUGAGAAAGAGAAAAAAACGUUUAAGUGUGAGUACGUCUGUUUGAGAUUUUUUUCAACGUUGCUUUUGUUUUUGACUACGUUUUACCAAGAGACCUGGGACCCAGUCCUCACAAUUUUUGUUUUCUGUAGUGCGUGCUGGUAAACGUGGCGUCCCGAUCCCAGCGUCUUCCGAAGACUUCCGAACGUAUCCGAAAAUGUCUAAAAAUUAUUUGGUGACCUUUGAGCACUCUGAAAGUUUAUAAAUAGGCGUUGAAUUUUGGUCGUUAAUCAUGCGUUAAAGGACAAUUAAUUUGUCCCGAAUAAGACUCUUUAGCGUGUAUGUUUUGUUUUCCCAGUACAGGUCAUGUGAUAAUAUUCUAGAGAACUGUUUCUUUCAAAUUUCGUCUUGUUCACGUGCAUGCCUACGCAUAAUUGAUGAAAGACAAAGGGUCAAGUUCCCCUGGGACCUCUAUUGGCAAACAAAAACAUGCAAGCUAAAGAGGUUUGUCGUUGAUGCGUGACAUCGAAGUCACCUCCUUAUCGGCCUCCUCUGAACCUUGGUCGCAUUCGUCGUGUUGACUUUUGAAUAAUCUCUGCUGACGCGGAGCAAACGAUCGGUCCCUGCCUUUCUUAGAAUACCGGUUGCCUUUUCAAGACCAAAAACAUACACACCAGCAGAAAAUGGGAUCGUCCCUCUUUGCAAACAGUGGUAGCCCUUACUCUAAAAGUCAUCGCGUGUUUUUAGAUAAAUCAAGGCAAACUGAGAAGAUUAAUGACCUUAUACAAUUGCGUAUACCGCCAUUGAUUGAUGAGAAGAAAAUUUUCAAGGAACAAAGCUUGAAUGUUUUAAGCAUCGGGAGUGGAAAUGGGCAGGCAGAUUUGUUUGUCCUGAAAGUGAUCAAGGAACAAUUGAUGAAGACAGACCUAGGCCAUGGUGUCAAGAUCUUCAACCGUGCCAUUGAUCCCAACUUAUAUUCAUGUGAUCUGUACAGAGCAGCUAUUGAAAAUCUACCAAGUCCGCUAAACGAUGGCAAAGUGGCUUUUGAAAUCUGUCAGCAGUCCUUUGAAGAGUAUCAACAAAGCCACAGAGAACCCCUCAGUUUCGACAUCGUACAUUUCAUACACAGCAUAUAUUAUGUAGACAUCGAGAAAGCUCUACUGCAUUGUUUUGAAAAAGAACUUUACGAUAAGGGACAAGUAAUCUGUAUCGCCUCGAGGCGAGGUCUUAUUUGUAGCGUUGUGUCAAAACUGCAGCAAAAACUGCAGUGGCAUGUGGGCAGUGAGAUUUACGAUGUAGUUGAUAAAAUGAUCCAGAUUGCCAACAAAAACGGAUGGAAGAUUGAGGUUCAUGACCAAGAAUAUUCAAUAGAUGUCACCGAGGUCUUUGAUCCGCAUUCAACCGAAGGGAAUCUGCUACUCGACUUCUUGACGCAAACGGAAAAUUUUCGUAAUACUGAGGACAAAGAGUUUGUUGAAGAAACGUUGUCAUUUAUCAGAGAUCUAACUUUUGUCAAAGACGGAAAAUUGUUUGGAGAAAAGAAAGAAUCUUUGGUGGUCAUCUGUAAAUAGUAACACAAACUAUCGUGAAAUUUUUUCGGAAAUUGUUUUAUUCUGUUUAUUUCCUGCGUAGCGACUAAGGUAUUUACGUUACCCCAGCUUGACCCUCGUAACUAGUUCAAGAUGGUUCUUAAAUAAUCAAAUCCUUAACUCCUCAGAUUGAAGUUCUCACAUCGUUUUUCAAGCGAGCGGAGGCAAGCGCGAGAACAGCUCGCUGUGCGAGUGAAGCACGACGAGGGCGGGGGAGGACCAAACCGUAAACGUUUCUGGGAAACUGCCUACCUACUCCUCCCCUAAGCCAACAGGACCAAAAGGUUUAUUAUUUUCUGCGCUUUGUAUGCACAGUGAAAUGAAACUGGCUGAAACAAAUACAACAGGUCAUGGCUAGUGCCUGUAUAUACACCACGCUGAUCCAAUCUGACCGAGAUUGCCGGGGAAGAAAUGCAAGAUAGAGUCGAUAGCGCUUGAUUGAAUUCGGGGAAAGGGGCGCUCAACAAAGCUUCAUACGGGGAGGCCCCGACUCCAGAUCCAACGCCUUAAGGUACUAUACAAAAAACAUGCGAGUUUUUUGAGAAAUUGUCCGAAAAUUUUUUUUGCUCGUUUUCACAUCUUCAAUAAUUUAUUUUUCUUCCAGCACGAUUUUUUUUUUUUUUCAGUAUUUAAUUCGUACAGAGAAAAAACUGUAAUUUCCUAAACACUGUCGCUUGGUUGUCAUGGUAACGGCAAGCACCAAAAAGAGAAGAAAAGUCAUAAGAGGACUAAAAAAAAGAAAAGAGGACAAAAACAAACAAAGAGAGGGUGUGAACUAUGCCUCAGGACAGUUCUAGAGAGUUGUCUAUGUGGAAACUCUGUUACAGUCAUUGCAAAUUCUAUUUCUCAAACUUUAAAACAUUUUUUCUCAUAAUUUUAUAUUUCGCGGAACUAUGAACACUCUAGCAACCAUAACUUUUCAUGGUUUUAUUCAAUUCUUCUCAUUUUUGGAGUGAGAAAUCUUUGUAUGUUUUUACAUGCAAUGAACUACAAUAAUUUAUCUUGGUGUAAUCUUUGUUGUCUGAGGACCCAAAACUGGAUCCUUAAUUCAGUUUAUUUUGAAUGUCAAUAUGUUUAUUGUAAUAAUUUUGUAUCUAUUAGCCUGAUAAGAAUGCCUUUAGUUCAUUGCAUAAAAAGAAUAUGUAGAUGAAAUUCCAAAAGUUUCAGCAGUUUUCCUUGUAAUGUCUUGGAGAUAGACGUGUUUUUGUACCGGUUAUCCCAGGGGGUUUAUUUUUAGCAUUAUUGGUUGCCAUGGUAACUAAACAAGACAAAAAGUAUAAAAAUAUACUCAUCUCAUGCUAUAGUUUAAGAAUACCUGGGAAUACUUUUGCAAAAGAACAUAUCAAAAAAUAGUGAUUUUUGAGGAAUGUACCACCUUAACUUUUUAUAUACCAUUUUUGACAGAAUGUAUCCCUUUCGGAUACCUGCUAUUGACAAAUAGUACCGCUUUCACAUACUUACUUUAGAUCUGCUAUGCAUACACCGUCUUUCAAAUAUGAAUAAAUCACUAAACCAGGAAGUUUAUUGUCUUUUUCACAGCCGUUAGAAGCAUUUGUUAGCCCUUUAAGGUCCUUUUACAGACCUAAAUAACAGAUUUCCCAUCCUCGGAGACUUAGGGGUAGUCAGUUGGGACGGGAGAAAGGCACGACGAAAGUUUCAAGCACGGGCGGAAAAGCCCCUGGGUACCGAUUCUCACCAAGCCUUUUACAAAUGGUUAAGCAAUUGCUGGCUCCUGACUGGGCACAAAAAAUACUUGGUAUUGUUGUGCCCAUUAGGCGAACAGCAUCUCUUGAGUUCUUUUCGUGCUUCAUACACGACCGCUCUUGUCUCGCCAUACUUGUCCGGUUCGUUCACCAAAGAAAUGCACGCCAACUGGAAACUUUCAGUUUAAUAUAAACUCUCUGAAGGUGCAGAUUUCCCUACUCUUUCAUAUACUUGUGAAAUUCUUUAUACCUUUUUAUAUUCCUGAACCCUGAAAAAGGUACCCCUUCUGGGUGGAGCCUCCUUACAUACUCACUAUGGAGUACACCCGCCACCUCUCCAGGGGGGUUUGAAUCGACAUCAUGUUAGAAUCUAUGAAAACAGCAAAACCACUUAUGGAACGCCAUGAAGACUACUCCUUGACUAGCGGCUGAAGUAAAAAAUAAAAUGCUUAGACUAAAGCCGAUUUUCGGAAUAUCCAAACCGCAUACCUCUUAGGAUUAGUUACUGCUUGUUGCUAAUUAUUUUGGUCUGUCGAUAACAUUCAAUUUUUUGCUUCGGCGGAUUGCGAAGUAAAAAAGAUUCGCGACGCUCAGGAAUGUAUCAAAGUUGACAUUUUGGGACAAGAUUGGGCGCGCAAAGUCUGUAGGUUUUCGGUUUUAUUCGGUUAUUUGACGAAGUGAGAGCCGAAUUAGUUCGAGAUAUCUCGAGAUCACGUCGAUUUCUUUGAUUUACUCUUUAACUUUUUCGAGGAAGAAAGAAUUUUUUAUUUUGGCUUUCCUGGGUUUGAACCGACUCACCUGUGUGACCCGUCAGAUCAGAGGAGACUCUAAGUUGAGGGAUUCGCCGAUUGCGCUACUGCGACCCAAGGUAGUUCGAGGUAUGAAAAAUAGUUAUGAAAUCUUGCACUAGUUUCGGAACAAGAUUGGUCGCGCAAGUUCGUGACGUUUCGGCUUGUUUCGGGUAUUUCACGAAAUGAGACCAGACUACUUCGUGAUGUCUUGAAAUCACUUCGAGUUUAGCUUUUAAUUUACUCGAGGAAUAAAUAGAGGAUAUUACGUGGCAUCGCAGAGACACGAAAUUUCUUUUCGAUUGUUGAAAAACGUUUCACGAGUGAGCGCUUCUUUCCAACUGUUUUAUGAUGAAUUUAAAGUUACAAAAUGCUGCACAAAGACGUUUUGUCGUUGUUGAGUUUUACGUAGUAAAAUUGCUUUCAUGCGUUCCGUGACUUUCUCGAAUGUUCUCUACGUUUUUGGAUUAUUCAUUAAUAAUUAAUUAGGGAAUGUUUACAUUUUAGCAUGAGUCAGCAGAUUUGCAUCAGUUACUGAAAUCAUAAAACAUGUCGAAAAGCUACUACUAUUCGCCUCUUUAGUAUUUUCUGGAACCUUAUGUCUAACGGUAUCCAAGUUCCAAGCGAGUUCUUUUGACGGACUAAGUUUUUUCCCACGAGCUGGAGUGCUGUGUUUAGUCAAGUUUUACGAAGGUCGAUUUUCAAGUUCUGUGUUUACAAGUUGGCGGAAGCCGUAAGAUAUCUGAAGUUCAAGUGAGAGUUUGUUAUUAUUGGCAGAGGCUGUUUAGUUUUACUUAAGUUUUAGUCAAGUUUGUGUUUGCGGAUGCUGUGUUUUAAAGCUCUGUAAAGACUAUGUUCCUUUGGUAUUAAACUUCCUUGUGUUAAUCCGACAUCCGUGCGUGCUGAUAGUCAGUGAAUAAUUAUCCUCAAAACAUUCGAACUCAUAACAUUGAGUUUUAGCCAAUUCCAUGCUCAACGUAAUUGACUCCUUACCCAAGCCUUUCAAUUAUCUUUAAUCAGUACAUGAGACUGCUAUGCUGUUUUUGAAGCCUGAUGUGACUAAGAAAAAUAGAGAAUUCUUUUUUUCACUGUUUGUUUUGUUAGACUUUUAUUCACCGCCAGUAACCUCAUAUUUGACUUAGGUCUAAACGUUUAGACCCAAGUCAAAUUUAGAAGGAUUUUUAUGGAGUCAUCAGAGCAUAACUGGACUAAUAUGUCAGAGACAAUUUGUCCCGAAAUGCUAGUUUUUGGCAAGUAGGCCUCUUGGAUGUUGCUGUUUUCACAAUAUCCUGACAAAUCCCAUAAUUUCACAAAUUAACACCUUACUCUUACCACUAUUUCUCCGCAUUUACAAUUAAUCAGUUCCACAACCAUGACGCCUAAGUGUACGCUCCAUAGCGUUUUGUUUUUUUUCUGUAACCGCUUUGAUUGUUAUCGAUUGACGUCGCCUGGUUGUAGCCACUUCGUACCUAUUAAGCUUCGAGAUUCGUUUCUUCUCCAAGUCAUAUCAAGUCUUAUUAUAUAAACACCAAUGAAAUACCAGGUGAGCUUUCGCGAGAAAACAUGAUAUCUUCACACGUGAAAAUAACAUGUUAUUUUCACAUGUGAAAAUAUCACUGUUCCUAUGGCUACAUAAUAAAUCGCGCCUUUCGCAGGAUAAAACUGUUUCAGUGAAAUGGUUUGGUGUUUCAUUGGUGGUUAUAUAAUAAAUAGAACAUUACAUGGCCGCUUGGAGAUACGAAAUUUCUCUUCUCGUGUUGAAAUAUUUUUCAACACUCGAAGAGAAAUUUCGUAUCUCCGCGCGGCCAUGUAAUAUCCUCUCUAUAUCGACUUACGUCAGUUUUUAUCAGAGUCUAACUGAGUUGUUUAUUCUCGAUGUUGGUUGUCAUCUGUUUGUUAAGCCGUGAUAUAAUUGGCUGUGCGUCUUAGGCCCGGAUCAAAUAUCUCGUAUUAACUUCGGCACAUUUAGUUCGACGUUUGUGACCUGAUGUUACACGGGAUGAUUCGCAACGAAAAGUAAUUUCAGGGCUCGAAAUUGCGACUGAUACGGUCGCCAAUGCGACUAACAUUUUCUCCUUGGCGACUAAAAAUUCAAGUUUGGCGACCAGAUUUCUCUAUGAUUUAGAUUUAAAAUAAAAGAAUAAAGUUAAAACAAACAUUUCAUCUUAUCCUGCUUCGCUUUCAUCAUAAAACAUGUGCCAAAUCGCAUAAACAAAGCCAGUUUACCUCCAAAUUUAUACCGACUUCUGUCCACGAUAUUUUCAAAUCUGAUGGAUCGCACCAUACUAUGCAGGGCUUCUGAUAGGUCGCUUAAAAAAAGUCAAAUUUCGCGGGAUUUUUAGGGGCAAAUUCGCGGAAAAUCGACCGAUUUCGUAGGAAUUUUCCCGGCAAACUUAGCCGAAAAUCAGUCGGUCAAAAAAGGCCGAUUUUGUGGUUAUUUUUCGGGAAAACUUCGUCAGAGAUCGAUCGGUUUUUGCGCUGAUCAGACCAGCGUUUUUAAUGUUUUUCUAACAGAGUCAUCAUUUGCUCUUUCAACAACAAUACGCUCCAGAACUGAACCAAUGGCAAAGCCUCUAACAUCAUGGCUAGUGCCCAGUUUUUCGCAACAUAAUCAACGCCUGGUAGUUUCGGAGUUACGGGACGUUGUUUGCACGUUUCAGUGACGAAGUUUCAAGAUAAGUUUACAAGUUUACGGCAAGUAAAUAGCCCCAAUAGCUGAGAAAAGUUUCAAAUAUGUUGUACAGACAUGUAUUUGAUAAGAUUUCUACCGAAUUUCGCGGCUCUGCGACGGCGCGAAAUAUCAGAAGCCCUGACUACGAGCUGCGUCAUUUACAUUAUACGAACUGGCGACUAAAAAUUUGCAUCUGGCGACUAUAUUUCUCCAGUUGGUCGCCAAAAGGCGACCAGAGGAUUUUUUUAAUUUCGAGCCCUGAAAUUACAGCAUUGUUCUAACACUGCAGCGCGGUGUUGCGCUAAAACUCGUCGUUGCAAAUCGUCCCUUGUGGUAUCAUCUACAAGUAAUCUAUUCCAGGCUCUCGGAUUGCAAGGACGUAGCGAUCGCUGCCCAUACUGUCUGGGAGCCUGGCUGUUUCGUACGGGGCUCAUUUACGAACUUCAUCCUUUUUAAGACCCUUCGUUUUCGGGGCCAAGCGUCAAUUCUGGAAAAACAGACCUAGACCAGGAAAGGCAAGUUCUUCCUAGGCAUUUAACCGGUUCUAAACUCAUAGUUUCGUUAAUGUCAGCUGUGAAAUCUUCGAAUUUACGUUGACUGCUGCAGAAUUCUCAGAAGAUAGGCUGGCUUAACGCUUCACUGCAUGUUAAAGUUUGGCGUGAAAGUUCUAUUCUGAAUCCUCCCGCAGAUGGCUGACCAAAGCAAAUGUGUGCUGAGGCUGAGCUUGCCCAUAAAGAUUGAAUGAUACUUACACAAAGGUUAAACAUAAUGAGUUGAAUUUGACUGAAAAGUUUCUUGUAUGCUUUACAAAGAUUACGUCAAAUCUGAUUUUGUUUUUGAACAGAAUUUUGCUUUGGUUUUAAUUGUAUUUAGGUCUCAAAGUUUGAAUUUCAACGAAAAUAUGUUUAAAUCAAAUAGAAAAAUGCAGGGAUUAAAUUUGACAACAUGGGCAAUCGUAAUUUGGUACAAUGAGUUGCGUUGCGCGGUUUACAACAGGCCUUCCGCCUUCGGCCUCGAGCUCAGCACAAGCAAGUCGCAGUGUUACUCGAUCUAGUCGUUGUCAAAUCGAAAGAUCGCUAUUAUUACCAAAGGGCAAUCAUGAAUGAGAGAGCUAAACUUGUUUUUGUCACAUAUGUAGUGAAAACGUCUAUCUAACCCUAAUAAAAUACACUUUCUGAUUUGCCAGGAUCCAAUCACGGACUUCUCCUUUCCCAUACGGAAAACCGACUGGUUUGGUUUUGAAGAGAUCGCGCAGAAGCGAAAGGACAUUAAGGAACUUAUCUAUAAACUGAAAGCAGACGCCGAUAGUGCAGGUGACACUUGAAGAUACCUUGAAGUCCAGCUUCUCAGUCCCGGUAGGACUGGGACAAGCCUAGACCCAAGAUGGUUCCGUUGACAGACCACUGGUUUUGUUGCUGUUAAUUAAAGAGUCAAGCAUAUUUAUUGUGGCAAUCAGUGUGCUUUACAUGUCAACACCGGCAAUUCCGCCGCUGCAUUUUGUAGCGUCGAAAACAGCGUUGGAAAUGUCUACUUCUCCAUGCGGCACAAGUUAUGUAAAAUUCACAUGAUCAUCAUUCCAGACUCUUCUGCUAGGUCUCUUCUAGUUAGUUAUGGAGCCCCAAUUUCAGUUCGAGAACAAGUUCACUGUAUUCGAUUGUUGCACAGCAAAUAGGUAUACCGCACUGAUUUCGUAGAAAUCAUUCAUUUAAAACACUCUCUAUGAUCUGACUGAGGACGAUGGAGCAUAGCGUAGCCUGUCUGUCGCAGUUAGAUGGUGAUCUUCGCUGCUUCAUUUGUGGACCGAAGGAAAAACAAAGACCAUGGGAAGUUAUAACUGUACUACAUAUCGUCAAAGUUGACUCUUGGAGGACAAGGUUUAAUGUCAGUUCAAUAUUAAGUCAGUAACGAUACUUUUCAUAAGCUUUUAAAAUGUAUGGCAAGAGGAAUGCCGCUUCGUUUUGUAUUGCCCUUUUGUUCAAUAACUGCUUGUGGUAAAAUUAGUAUUUGAACAUGUCUUUGGGCAGCCCAUCUUGUUUCCGUUACAAACUUGUACUGGUACUGGAGGUUGAGGUAAUUUCAGAGUUGAAUUAUUUUAUAUUGUAUAUAUUUAUUAGAGAAAUAGGAAUGAACAAGACAAGAAAUGUUCGCAUUACCAGGCGCUGAAAUUACUGAAAAUAAAGUAAAUUUAUCAUCAUCAAUAUAUGUAGAUGACAGUUGUUUAAAUCUGAAUUCAAAUCUCCCACUAACCCUGGGUAAUCGUGCAAACGGACGUAACAUUGUUGGCCAAAAACCUCCAACAUUGUUGGAUGUUACAUGUUGGGUCCGUUUGCACGCCCUGUUGCAUGUUGUUGGGAGUUGUCGCGUUAAGUUUGAAACCGGUCAAACUUUUGAACCAGCAACUCCCAACAUAUCUUUUGGUCCGUGAUCAACGAAGCGUGGUGCCACGCACGUGCAUUACACAUGGUGUCCUUCCAAAACUGUUUCAUACACAAGUCGUCCAGUAGAGUUUACAAAGUCGUAUGGGUUGUAUCCUUCCCACGAUGCACUGUAGGUAACAAUAUUGUUGGGAGUUGUUGCACCCGUUUGCACUUGACUGCCAACACGGACGCAACAACUCCCAACAUUGCUGGCCGAGCAAUGUUGAAAGUUGUUGCGUCCGUUUGUACGUAGCUUAAGAAGCUAUGACAGCAACAACGGUGAAAAGUCUGGUCUUACGAUAGAAAAAUACGACUGACAUCAUUGGCUAGAGCAGCUCUGCCCCUACCUAGUCAGGGAAACACACAUUGUCCUUUGGAAAAAGAUACAACUCUCUGCGUACGUUUUUUUCACUUUACAGGGCUCGACGUUGCGACCUGUUGGGUCGCCAAUGCGACCAGGUUUUACUCAGUGGCGACCAAAUUUUCACGCCUGGUCGCCAACCUGGCCCCCAAGAUAGGUGACUUUCUUCUUUGGGAAAAAGUACACUAAUGAUAAUCCGUUGUCCUUCACAAAACUAACCGAUAGCUAACGGUUUUUCUAACGCUCUAACGUUUUGCCCAAACGCUCUAAUGGUUUGUCCAAACCCUCUAACGAUUUGUCUAAACGCUUUAACGAUUUCAACACUCUAACGGAUUAUUCUUAUGAUUUCCUGAACCUUAAGUUUGAAUACCUGUUUGAGGAAAAUUACGCUUGAGUGCGGGCUCGUUUUCCCGAACACUGGAUCGAGCCUCGAGCGAAAACCGCUCGAAAGAAAGUUCAAAAGGAAGUCUAAAGCACUCUUUUUCUGUUAAGGCUAAGUAAAAGAUGUUAAUUUAGUUGUAUUCGAUUAAUUCUUAAAUAUAAUUUUUGCAACCAGAAUACUUGUUCUGACGACCAAAAAUGAAAACUUGGGGGCCAGCUGGCCCGAUUUUUUUUUUCUGAAAGUCGAGCACUGCACUGAAGUCAGUGAGGGCGAUGUAAAUUUUCUUCAUGUCCGCUCUGCUGGACUUCGCCUCUGCAGUACAUGUGUGUUAUUGUUAUUACCUGGGACCUGGGACCUGGGACCUAGCCCUCACAGGUUUUCUUUUCAGUGCUGCGUGUUUGUUCUCCUGUACUUUUAAGGGUGGAGUAUUAGCUACUUACGAGCACUUUCUUGCUUACGUCGUAACCUUAACCUUACCCAUACAAUCUAUCAUAUCUUCAAACAGGCCGCAACGCAACGCCUCAUAAUAUUCUACGUGUGGUCAUUUGUUUGCAUUUGUGGUUUUUCCGCGUUAUAUUAGCCUGCGCCCAGACGAAACUAUAUCAUAAGCUCUGCUGAAACUCGGUCACCUUUUCAGAAAAGAAAAACUACGCAACAGCGGAAAAUGACAUCGUCUCUCUUUGCAACCAGUGGAAAUCCUUACUCCAAAAGUCAUCGCGUGUUUUUAGAUAAAUCAGGGCAAACUGAGAAGAUUAAUGAUCUUCUACAAUUGCAUAUACCGCCAUUGGUACCGAUGAAGAUUCUCCAGGAACGAAGCUUAAAUAUUUUAAGCACUGGAAGUGGAAAUGGGCAGACCGAUUUGUCUUUCCUAAGAGUAAUCAAGGAAGAAUUGAUAAAGACAGACCUCGGGCGCAAUGUGAAGAUCUUCAACCGAGCCAUUGAACCUAACCUAUGUUUGUGUGGCCUGUACAAAGCAGCCAUUGAAAAUUUACCAAGUCCGCUAGACGAUGGGAAAACGGCUUUUGACAUCCGUCAGCAGUCCUUUGAAGAGUAUCAACAAAGCCACAGAGAACCCCUCAGUUUCGACAUCAUACAUUUUAUCCACAGCAUAUAUUUUGUAGACAUCGAGAAAGCUCUACUGCAUUGUUUUGAAAAAGAACUUAGCAGUAAAGGAAAAAUAAUCUGUAUCGCGUCCAGGCGAGAUCUUACUUGUAGCGUUGAGUCAAAACUGCAGCAAAAACUGCAGUGGCAUGUGGGCAGUGAGAUUUACGACGUAGUUGAUAAAAUGAUCCAGAUUGCCAACAAAAACGGAUGGAAGAUUGAGGUUCAUUGCCAGGAAUAUUCAAUUGAUGUCACCGAGGUCUUUGAUCCGCAUUCAAUCGAAGGAAAUCUGCUACUCGACUUCUUGACGCAAACAGAAAAUUUUCGUAAUACUGAGGACAAAAAGUUUGUUGAAGAAACGUUGUCAUUUAUCAGAGAUCUGACUGUUGUGAAAGACGGAAAAUUGUUUGGAGAAAAGAAAGAAUCUUUGGUGGUCAUCUGUAACUAGUAACACAAACUAUCGUGAGGUUUUUUUGAAAUUGUAUUGUUUUCUGUUUAUUUUCUGCUUAGCGACUGAGUUGAUUACGUUGCUCCAGCUUGACCCUAGUUUCUAGUUCAAGACGUUUCUUAAAUUAUAAAAUCCUUAAUUCGUCAGAUUUAGGAGGCCAAACAUUAAUUUAUUCUUUAUUCACAGUGAUGGGAAACCUUUGUGAGUUAUAACAUAUAAGUAAAUAAAUAAAUAUAAAUCAGUAUAUUUAGUUUUCUUAUCAUUUAUAAAUUGUUGCGUAAGAUCUUUAUGUUGAUCACGAUGUGUAAACAGGAAAAGCUAUAGGAACAACUCUGACAUACUCUCAGGUUUUUCUGUUUUGUUUUGGUAAACAGUAUCUUUCACUUUCAAAUCAUAAUUUGCAAUGAACUGAUUUAAUUAUAAUCAGGCGUGGUCUAUUGAUAAACCGAUAAUCGAUACCAAUCAAUAACAAUUGAUUUCAAUCAUCGAUUAGUAUCGAUUUCUGAUAUCGAUUGCUAUCGCCUAUUAUCAGAAAAGACUUGUCUUUUUAGGAGUUCAACAUUGACGCGAUGUUGCCUGUACGGUAUUUUUGAGUCAUUGAGUUGUUAAAAGUGUGCAAUACUUUCAAUCCAUAGAGUAGUAAAAGAACAAAAACAGUAACAGGACAAAAAGGUUUAUUAUUUUCUGUGCUUUGUAUGCACAGCGAAAUGACAGCUUUUGCCGAAACAAGUACAACAGGUCACGGCUAAUACCCUUGUAUACACCGCGUUGAUCCAAUCUAAGCGAGAUUGCCAGGGAAGAAAUGCAAGAUGUAGUCGAUAGCGCUGAAUUGAAUUCGGGGAAAGGGGCGCUCAACAAAGCUUUAUACGGGGAGGCUCCGCCCGGAGGUCCAACGUCUCACAUUUUUAUAUACCAUUUUUGACGUGAGAAUGUAUCCCUUUCGUAUACCUUCUACCUCCUCAUGUGGUCAUUUGUUUGCAUUUGCAUUUGUUUGCAUUUGUCGUUUUUCGGCGUUAUAUUGGCCUGCGCCACAGAAGAAACUAUAUUGGAAGGUCUGCUGAAACUUGGUCACCUUUUCAGUAAAGAAAAACUACGCAACGGCGGAAAAUGACUUCGUUUCUCUUUGCAGCCAGUGGUAAUCAUUACUCCAAAAGUCAUCGGGUGUUUUUAGAUAAAUCGGGGCAAACUGAGAAGGUUAAUGACCUUCUACAAUUGCAUAUACCGCCAUUGGUACAGAUGAAGACUCUCCAGGAACGAAGCUUAAAUAUUUUAAGCAUUGGAAGUGGAAAUGGGCAGACCGAUUUGUCUUUCCUAAAAGUAAUCAAGGAAGAAUUGGUAAAGACAGACCUCUGGCGCAAUGUGAAGAUCUUCAACCGAGCCAUUGAACCUAAUCUAUUUUCGUGUGGCCUGUACAAAGCAGCCAUUGAAAAUCUACCAAGUCCGCUAGAUGAUGGGAAAACGGCUUUUGACAUCUGUCAGCAGUCCUUUGAAGAGUAUCAACAAAGCCACAGAGAACCCCUCAGUUUCGACAUUGUGCAUUUCAUACACAGCAUAUAUCAUGUAGACAUUGAGAAAGCUUUACUGCAUUGUUUUGAAAAAGAAGUUAGUGGUAAAGGAAAAAUAAUCUGUAUCGCGUCCAGGCGAGAUCUUAUUAGUAGCGUUGAGUCAAAACUGCAGCAAAAACUGCAGUGGCAUGUGGGCAGUGAGAUUUACGACGUAGUUGAUAAAAUGAUCCAGAUUGCCAACAAAAACGGAUGGACGAUUGAGGUUCAUGACCAGGAAUAUUCAAUUGAUGUCACCGAGGUCUUUGAUCCGCAUUCAAUCGAAGGAAAUCUGCUACUCGACUUCUUGACGCAAACAGAAAAUUUUCGUAAUACUGAGGACAAAGAGUUUGUUGAAGAAACGUUGUCAUUUAUCAGAGAUCUGACUCUUGUUAAAGACGGAAAAUUGUUUGGAGAAAAGAAAGAAUCUUUGGUGGUCAUCUGUAACUAGUAACACAAACUAUCGUGAGGUUUUUUUGAAAUUGUAUUGUUUUCUGUUUAUUUUCUGCUUAGCGACUGAGGUGAUAACGUUGCGUAACGAAAGCCGAAUUCAAUAUUUGUUUUAUUAUUCACUCAAAAUAAUUCCUAGUUUAAAAACAUAGCUAAAACAUGCUUACCUAUGGCAAGCCAAAUGUAGCAAUAUUCAAUUCGUUUAAUUUUAUAUGUAGUUUUGUAUUAUGUGUUCAACUAUGCGUUUAAUAUUCAACUUAUAUUCAACAUUCAACGCGUUAUUCAAUAUUCAACUUCGCAUUCAACAUUCAACUAUUCAUUUUAAAUUCAAUUCCUUAUUCACCCAUUCAAUUAUCUAUUCAACAAUUUCAACCAUUUAUUCAGCAUUCAACUUUAAUUUUUAAAACAUUCAACUAUUCAUUCAACAUUCAACUAUUCAUUCAACAUUCAACUUUAAUUCAACAUUCAACUAUUCAUUCAACUCUUUUGAGCCCUCACUACUUCUGGUCAGUGACACAGAUCAUUGCUUGUUAAAACACAGGCGGCCCAGACGUAGUAUGUGUCACUGAAUGAAUAUAUUAAUAUUCACAUGGACAAAUUAAUGGGAUGAGUCGUCGAAACUCCCAUGGACUAAAAUAGUCCAAAAGUCAAAAUAUAACAAAACAAAGCUAAGAUACCUUCAACUGAACGUAUCUUGUCUUUCCUGGCCGGUUUAAGUGACAUUUUGUUGAGUUUUGCAAUUGUAGGUACUAUCCACUAAAGAAGAAUUAAAGGCUGGCUACAAAACAAACAGACCAUCUCCACGCGCCUUCACACGAAGCGCUAUAAAUUCGAGAAUAAUCGACGAAUCCGCUCCAAAUAACCAUCGGCUAAUCUGCAGGUAACGUGUGCUCCUGCUUCUGGCUCGCUUGCUCCACAAAACCCAUCGCAAGUGCACAAUAACUGCUCGCUCAUCAACAACCACUGUUGACCUUUACGCUUCGAUAUGACCGCAAACGACCAGGUUUAAUACGCGACGUGAAUAGUCAAGCUUAGCGACCGCGUUCGCGCAACAAUGCAGCACUUGCCAUGGGAGGGAUGGUACUAUUGCUUCUAGGUCAAUCGACACUGACCGAAGGUUCGCUGUGUUAGUUUUGACCAGAAAACAAAAGGCGAUCGCGGGACCGUCCGUAAGUUUUCAACAGGGCAGCCCUGGUUUUCAAGUUCGAAUUCUUCUAACGUUCGCUGUCUCAGCUGCCGUCACAUUGUUCGUCCAGCCGCUUGCAUAGGUUCUUGACUCUACCAGACUUAUUUGGUUAGAUUAACAACGUCUUACUCCAUAAUAUAUUGUCCAAACUGAUGAAGGAGGACGAGAAUUUUCCGCCCAGGAAAAAGGAAAAAUCUGGCCCCCGCUAUGCAGCUGAAUAGAAGAUACAGCUGAAGAUAUCGUAAAGUAAAAUUCAUGGGCGCGAUAUCUUUUUUUAUUAUUAUUAUUAUUAUUAUUAUUAUUAUUCUCAAAACUCAGGGGCACCCAACGAUGAUUUCCCCCUAAAUGCAUUGAAAACACAUUUAAGGCUGUCCAGAGUACUUUUGAUCGAAAAAUGCAUUCUAAACAGCGCUUACAUAAAUUUAGUCAGGAGGGCUAAAAGCGAGGCUAAUGAUUUAUAGUUUGCUCAUACUAAAUAUAAAAUAUAUCGUGUAAUGCUAAGCGGAGAAGGCAAAGAGACAGGGCCACCCAACGACUGUUUCCUCAAAUACUUUCAAUUGAAAACACUUUUGAGGCUAUUCAUAAAGUACUUUUAGCUCUAUAAAAUUUGCAUCUCAGUGUUCGGCCAUUCUAGAGGAACUUGAGUCUUUUCGAAAUUACGAGGAAUUCAGAAUAAUUUUCCCGAAAAUUUUAGAUGCAAUUUAACGUAUUACGAAGGAGAUAAUUUUUUAGAUACCUUCUUUCAUCACAUUUUUGAAUCCGAAAAUUUUAGGAUUCCUUUUUACUCUCUACGAAAAAGAGCCUAACCCGGUGAGUGAAAUGUGAAAAAUUAAACGUUGGAUGCCCUUGACCAGAACUGUGAAAAACAACAAUAGGUCUAAUUGCAGCACACUUUCUUGUACAUUUCCUUGCCGUUGAUUUGCAUGACUGCAACGUGAAACGUCCAGAAAACUUCCUGGUUUUCACUUUUUAUGGAGAAAAUGUGGUACAUGUUCUUGUUCACUUUUUCCACUACCGCUCAUUUUUUUUAGCUCCGCUAUAUGAUUCGUAUCUGUUCGGUGCUCCUUGGGCAAAUUGGAUCUUUUUAAAAAUUACAAGGGCUUCAAUAUUAUUUUCCCGAUUGAUUGACCUAGAAGCAAUAGUACCAUCCCUCCCAUAGCAAGUGCUGCAUUGUUGCGCGAACACGGUCGCUAAGCUUGACUAUUCACGUCGCGUAUUAAACCUGGUCGUUUGCGGUCAUAUCGAAGCGUAAAGGUCAACAGUGGUUGUUGAUGAGCGAGCAGUUAUUGUGCACUUGCGAUGGGUUUUGUGGAGCAAGCGAGCCAGAAGCAGGAGCACACGUUACCUGUGAUAAUAUUCUAGAGAACUGUUUCUUUCAAAUUUCGUCUUGUUCACGUGCAUGCCUACGCAUAAUUGAUGAAAGACAAAGGGUCAAGUUCCCCUGGGACCUCUAUUGGCAAACAAAAACAUGCAAGCUAAAGAGGUUUGUCGUUGAUGCGUGACAUCGAAGUCACCUCCUUAUCGGCCUCCUCUGAACCUUGGUCGCAUUCGUCGUGUUGACUUUUGAAUAAUCUCUGCUGACGCGGAGCAAACGAUCGGUCCCUGCCUUUCUUAGAAUACCGGUUGCCUUUUCAAGACCAAAACAUACACACCAGCAGAAAAUGGGAUCGUCCCUCUUUGCAAACAGUGGUAGCCCUUACUCUAAAAGUCAUCGCGUGUUUUUAGAUAAAUCAAGGCAAACUGAGAAGAUUAAUGACCUUAUACAAUUGCGUAUACCGCCAUUGAUUGAUGAGAAGAAAAUUUUCAAGGAACAAAGCUUGAAUGUUUUAAGCAUCGGGAGUGGAAAUGGGCAGGCAGAUUUGUUUGUCCUGAAAGUGAUCAAGGAACAAUUGAUGAAGACAGACCUAGGCCAUGGUGUCAAGAUCUUCAACCGUGCCAUUGACCCCAACUUAUAUUCAUGUGAUCUGUACAGAGCAGCUAUUGAAAAUCUACCAAGUCCGCUAAACGAUGGCAAAGUGGCUUUUGAAAUCUGUCAGCAGUCCUUUGAAGAGUAUCAACAAAGCCACAGAGAACCCCUAAGUUUCGACAUCGUACAUUUCAUACACAGCAUAUAUUAUGUAGACAUCGAGAAAGCUCUACUGCAUUGUUUUGAAAAAGAACUUUACGAUAAGGGACAAGUAAUCUGUAUCGCCUCGAGGCGAGGUCUUAUUUGUAGCGUCGUGUCAAAACUGCAGCAAAAACUGCAGUGGCAUGUGGGCAGUGAGAUUUACGAUGUAGUUGAUAAAAUGAUCCAGAUUGCCAACAAAAACGGAUGGAAGAUUGAGGUUCAUGACCAAGAAUAUUCAAUAGAUGUCACCGAGGUCUUUGAUCCGCAUUCAACCGAAGGGAAUCUGCUACUCGACUUCUUGACGCAAACGGAAAAUUUUCGUAAUACUGAGGACAAAGAGUUUGUUGAAGAAACGUUGUCAUUUAUCAGAGAUCUAACUUUUGUCAAAGACGGAAAAUUGUUUGGAGAAAAGAAAGAAUCUUUGGUGGUCAUCUGUAAAUAGUAACACAAACUAUCGUGAGAUUUUUUCGGAAAUUGUUUUAUUCUGUUUAUUUCCUGCGUAGCGACUAAGGUAUUUACGUUACCCCAGCUUUACCCUCGUAACUAGUUCAAGAUGGUUCUUAAAUAAUCAAAUCCUUAACUCCUCAGAUUGAAGUUCUCACAUCGUUUUUCAAGCGAGCGGAGGCAAGCGCGAGAACAGCUCGCUGUGCGAGUGAAGCACGACGAGGGCGGGGGAGGACCAAACCGUAAACGUUUCUGGGAAACUGCCUACCUACUCCUCCCCUAAGCCAACAGGACCAAAAGGUUUAUUAUUUUCUGCGCUUUGUAUGCACAGUGAAAUGAAACUGGCUGAAACAAAUACAACAGGUCAUGGCUAGUGCCUGUAUACACACCACGCUGAUCCAAUCUGACCGAGAUUGCCGGGGAAGAAAUGCAAGAUAGAGUCGAUAGCGCUUGAUUGAAUUCGGGGAAAGGGGCGCUCAACAAAGCUUCAUACGGGGAGGCCCCGACUCCAGAUCCAACGCCUUAAGGUACUAUACAAAAAACAUGCGAGUUUUUUGAGAAAUUGUCCGAAAAUUUUUUUUGCUCGUUUUCACAUCUUCAAUAAUUUAUUUUUCUUCCAGCACGAUUUUUUUUUUCAGUAUUUAAUUCGUACAGAGAAAAAAACUGUAAUUUCCUAAACACUGUCGCUUGGUUGUCAUGGUAACGGCAAGCACCAAAAAGAGAAGAAAAGUCAUAAGAGGACUAAAAAAAAGAAAAGAGGACAAAAACAAACAAAGAGAGGGUGUGAACUAUGCCUCAGGACAGUUCUAGAGAGUUGUCUAUGUGGAAACUCUGUUACAGUCAUUGCAAAUUCUAUUUCUCAAACUUUAAAACAUUUUUUCUCAUAAUUUUAUAUUUCGCGGAACUAUGAACACUCUAGCAACCAUAACUUUUCAUGGUUUUAUUCAAUUCUUCUCAUUUUUGGAGUGAGAAAUCUUUGUAUGUUUUUACAUGCAAUGAUCUACAAUAAUUUAUCUUGGUGUAAUCUUUGUUGUCUGAGGACCCAAAACUGGAUCCUUAAUUCAGUUUAUUUUGAAUGUCAAUAUGUUUAUUGUAAUAAUUUUGUAUCUAUUAGCCUGAUAAGAAUGCCUUUAGUUCAUUGCAUAAAAAGAAUAUGUAGAUGAAAUUCCAAAAGUUUCAGCAGUUUUCCUUGUAAUGUCUUGGAGAUAGACGUGUUUUUGUACCGGUUAUCCCAGGGGGUUUAUUUUUAGCAUUAUUGGUUGCCAUGGUAACUAAACAAGACAAAAAGUAUAAAAAUAUACUCAUCUCAUGCUAUAUAGUUUAAGAAUACCUGGGAAUACUUUUGCAAAAGAACAUAUCAAAAAAUAGUGAUUUUUGAGGAAUGUACCACCUUAACUUUUUAUAUACCAUUUUUGACAGAAUGUAUCCCUUUCGGAUACCUGCUAUUGACAAAUAGUACCGCUUUCACAUACUUACUUUAGAUCUGCUAUGCAUACACCGUCUUUCAAAUAUGAAUAAAUCACUAAACCAGCAAGUUUAUUGUCUUUUUCACAGCCGUUAGAAGCAUUUGUUAGCCCUUUAAGGUCCUUUUACAGACCUAAAUAACAGAUUUCCCAUCCUCGGAGACUUAGGGGUAGUCAGUUGGGACGGGAGAAAGGCACGACGAAAGUUUCAAGCACGGGCGGAAAAGCCCCUGGGUACCGAUUCUCACCAAGCCUUUUACAAAUGGUUAAGCAAUUGCUGGCUCCUGACUGGGCACAAAAAAUACUUGGUAUUGUUGUGCCCAUUAGGCGAACAGCAUCUCUUGAGUUCUUUUCGUGCUUCAUACACGACCGCUCUUGUCUCGCCAUACUUGUCCGGUUCGUUCACCAAAGAAAUGCACGCCAACUGGAAACUUUCAGUUUAAUAUAAACUCUCUGAAGGUGCAGAUUUCCCUACUCUUUCAUAUACUUGUGAAAUUCUUUAUACCUUUUUAUAUUCCUGAACCCUGAAAAAGGUACCCCUUCUGGGUGGAGCCUCCUUACAUACUCACUAUGGAGUACACCCGCCACCUCUCCAGGGGGGUUUGAAUCGACAUCAUGUUAGAAUCUAUGAAAACAGCAAAACCACUUAUGGAACGCCAUGAAGACUACUCCUUGACUAGCGGCUGAAGUAAAAAAUAAAAUGCUUAGACUAAAGCCGAUUUUCGGAAUAUCCAAACCGCAUACCUCUUAGGAUUAGUUACUGCUUGUUGCUAAUUAUUUUGGUCUGUCGAUAACAUUCAAUUUUUUGCUUCGGCGGAUUGCGAAGUAAAAGAUUCGCGACGCUCAGGAAUGUAUCAAAGUUGACAUUUUGGGACAAGAUUGGGCGCGCAAAGUCUGUAGGUUUUCGGUUUUAUUCGGUUAUUUGACGAAGUGAGAGCCGAAUUAGUUCGAGAUAUCUCGAGAUCACGUCGAUUUCUUUGAUUUACUCUUUAACUUUUUCGAGGAAGAAAGAAUUUUUUAUUUUGGCUUUCCCGGGGUUUGAACCGACUCACCUGUGUGACCCGUCAGAUCAGAGGAGACUCUAAGUUGAGGGAUUCGCCGAUUGCGCUACUGCGACCCAAGGUAGUUCGAGGUAUGAAAAAUAGUUAUGAAAUCUUGCACUAGUUUCGGAACAAGAUUGGUCGCGCAAGUUCGUGACGUUUCGGCUUGUUUCGGGUAUUUCACGAAAUGAGACCAGACUACUUCGUGAUAUCUUGAAAUCACUUCGAGUUUAGCUUUUAAUUUACUCGAGGAAUAAAUAGAGGAUAUUACGUGGCAGCGCAGAGACACGAAAUUUCUUUUCGAUUGUUGAAAAACGUUUCACGAGUGAGCGCUUCUUUCCAACUGUUUUAUGAUGAAUUUAAAGUUACAAAAUGCUGCACAAAGACGUUUUGUCGUUGUUGAGUUUUACGUAGUAAAAUUGCUUUCAUGCGUUCCGUGACUUUCUCGAAUGUUCUCUACGUUUUUGGAUUAUUCAUUAAUAAUUAAUUAGGGAAUGUUUACAUUUUAGCAUGAGUCAGCAGAUUUGCAUCAGUUACUGAAAUCAUAAAACAUGUCGAAAAGCUACUACUAUUCGCCUCUUUAGUAUUUUCUGGAACCUUAUGUCUAACGGUAUCCAAGUUCCAAGCGAGUUCUUUUGACGGACUAAGUUUUUUCCCCACGAGCUGGAGUGCUGUGUUUAGUCAAGUUUUACGAAGGUCGAUUUUCAAGUUCUGUGUUUACAAGUUGGCGGAAGCCGUAAGAUAUCUGAAGUUCAAGUGAGAGUUUGUUAUUAUUGGCAGAGGCUGUUUAGUUUUACUUAAGUUUUAGUCAAGUUUGUGUUUGCGGAUGCUGUGUUUUAAAGCUCUGUAAAGACUAUGUUCCUUUGGUAUUAAACUUCCUUGUGUUAAUCCGACAUCCGUGCGUGCUGAUAGUCAGUGAAUAAUUAUCCUCAAAACAUUCGAACUCAUAACAUUGAGCUUUAGCCAAUUCCAUGCUCAACGUAAUUGACUCCUUACCCAAGCCUUUCAAUUAUCUUUAAUCAGUACAUGAGACUGCUAUGCUGUUUUUGAAGCCCGAUGUGACUAAGAAAAAUAGAGAAUUCUUUUUUCACUGUUUGUUUUGUUAGACUUUUAUUCACCGCCAGUAACCUCAUAUUUGACUUAGGUCUAAACGUUUAGACCCAAGUCAAAUUUAGAAGGAUUUUUAUGGAGUCAUCAGAGCAUAACUGGACUAAUAUGUCAGAGACAAUUUGUCCCGAAAUGCUAGUUUUUGGCAAGUAGGCCUCUUGGAUGUUGCUGUUUUCACAAUAUCCUGACAAAUCCCAUAAUUUCACAAAUUAACACCUCACUCUUACCACUAUUUCUCCGCAUUUACAAUUAAUCAGUUCCACAACCAUGACGCCUAAGUGUACGCUCCAUAGCGUUUUGUUUUUUUUCUGUAACCGCUUUGAUUGUUAUCGAUUGACGUCGCCUGGUUGUAGCCACUUCGUACCUAUUAAGCUUCGAGAUUUCUUCUCCAAGUCAUAUCAAGUCUUAUUAUAUAAACACCAAUGAAAUACCAGGUGAGCUUUCGCGAGAAAACAUGAUAUCUUCACACGUGAAAAUAACAUGUUAUUUUCACAUGUGAAAAUAUCACUGUUCCUAUGGCUACAUAAUAAAUCGCGCCUUUCGCAGGAUAAAACUGUUUCAGUGAAAUGGUUUGGUGUUUCAUUGGUGGUUAUAUAAUAAAUAGAACAUUACAUGGCCGCUUGGAGAUACGAAAUUUCUCUUCUCGUGUUGAAAUAUUUUUCAACACUCGAAGAGAAAUUUCGUAUCUCCGCGCGGCCAUGUAAUAUCCUCUCUAUAUCGACUUACGUCAGUUUUUAUCAGAGUCUAACUGAGUUGUUUAUUCUCGAUGUUGGUUGUCAUCUGUUUGUUAAGCCGUGAUAUAAUUGGCUGUGCGUCUUAGGCCCGGAUCAAAUAUCUCGUAUUAACUUCGGCACAUUUAGUUCGACGUUUGUGACCUGAUGUUACACGGGAUGAUUCGCAACGAAAAGUAAUUUCAGGGCUCGAAAUUGCGACUGAUACGGUCGCCAAUGCGACUAACAUUUUCUGCUUGGCGACUAAAAAUUCAAGUUUAGUCGCCAAAGUGGCGACCGGAUUUCUCUAUGAUUUAGAUUUAGAUUAACAGAGUUGAGUUAAAACAAACAUUUCAUUUUAUCCUGCUUUGCUUUCAUCAUAAAACAUGUGCCAAAUCGCAUAAACAAAGCCAGUUUACCUCCAAAUUUAUACCGACUUCUGUCCACGAUAUUGUCAAAUCUGAUGGAUCGCACCAUACUAUGCAGGGCUUCUGAUAGGUCGCUUAAAAAAAGACAAAUUUCGCGGGAUUUUUAGGGGCAAAUUCGCGGAAUUUUCGCGGCAAACUUAGCCGAAAAUCAAUCGGUCAAAAUCAGACCAGCGUUUUUAAUGUUUUUCUAACAGAGUCAUCAUUUGCUCUUUCAACAACAAUACGUUCCAGAACUGAACCAAUGGCAAAGCCUUUAACAUCAUGGCUAGUGCCCAGUUUUUCGCAACAUAAUCAACGCCUGGUAGUUUCGGAGUUUCGGGACGUUGUUUGCACGUUUCAGUGACGAAGUUUCAAGAUAAAUUUACAAGUUUACGGCAAGUAAAUAGCCCCAAUAGCUGAGAAAAGUUUCAAAUAUGUUUUACAGACAUGUAUUUGAUAAGAUUUCUACCGAAUUUCACGGUAUUUUGCGUGUUUUUGUGAAUUUCGCGGCUCUGCGACGGCGCGAAAUAUCAGAAGCCCUGACUACGAGCUGCGUCAUUUACAUUACACGAACUGGCGACUAAAAAUUUGCAUCUGGCGACUAUAUUUCUCCAGUUGGUUGCCAAAAGGCGACCAGAGGAUUUUUUUAAUUUCGAGCCCUGAAGUUACAGCAUUGUUCUAACACUGCAGCGCGGUGUUGCGCUAAAACUCGUCGUUGCAAAUCGUCCCUUGUGGUAUCAUCUACAAGUAAUCUAUUCCAGGUUCUCGGAUUGCAAGGACGUAGCGAUCGCUGCCCAUACUGUCUGGGAGCCUGGCUGUUUCUUACGGAGCUCAUUUACGAACUUCAUCCUUUUUAACACCCUUCGUUUUCGGGGCCAAGCGUCAAUUCUGGAAAAAGAGAGCUAGACCAGGAAAGGCAAGUUCUUCCUAGGCAUUUAACCGGUUCUAAACUCAUAGUUUCGUUAAUGUCAGCUGUGAAAUCUUCGAAUUUACGUUGACUGCUGCAGAAUUCUUAGAAGAUAGGCUAGCUUAACGCUUCACUGCAUGUUAAAGUUUGGCGUGAAAGUUCGUUUCUGAAUCCUCCCGCAGAUGGCUGACCAAAGCAAAUGUGUGCUGAGGCUGAGCUUGCCCAUAAAGAUUGAAUGAUACUUACACAAGGGUUAAACGUGAUGAGUUGAAUUUGAUUGAAGAGUUUCUUGUAUGCUUUACAAAGAUUAAGUCAAAUCUGAUUUUGUUUUUGAACAGAAUUUUGCUUUGGUUUUAAUUGUAUUUAGGUCUCAAAGUUUGAAUUUCAACGAAAAUAUGUUUAAAUCAAAUAGAAAAAUGCAGGGAUUAAAUUUGACAAAAUAGGCGAUCAUAAUUUGGUACAAUGAGUUGCGUUGCGUGGUUUACAACAAGCCUCCAGCCUUCGGCCUCGAGCUCAGCACAAGCAAGUCGCAGUGAUACUCGAUCUAGUCGUUGUCAAAUCGAAAGAUCGCUAUUAUUACCAAAGGGCAAUCAUGAAUGAGAGAGCUAAACUUGUUUUUGUCACAUACGUAGUGAAAACGUCUAACUAACCCUAACAAAAUACACUUUCUGAUUUGCCAGGAUCCAAUCACGGACUUCUCCUUUCCCAUAAGGAAAACCGACUGGUUUGGUUUUGAAGAGAUCGCGCAGAAGCGAAAGGACAUUAAGGAACUUAUCUAUAAACUGAAAGCAGACGCCGAUAGUGCAGGUGACACUUGA